AUGACAUUUGCAGGAAGCUACAUGUCUGAUCACAAUUUUGGUGAAUUUCUUUUGCUACAGAUACAACACUUUCUACAGUUUGUGAAGACAAUUUACAAAGAUCUACCAACAAAUGUGGUAUGAAAUGUACAAUGUUACAUUAUGUUAGUGAUUUUAUUUUCAAUUAUUUAUCAAAAAAUUAUUUUUCAUUCGUCAUACUUAAAAAUUUUCAUCCUGCAUAUUUAUCUCUAAUUGCACUCAAACCAGUAAUAAGAAGAGGCUAACAAAACUAACUGAUAAAUUGGAGGUAAAUUAUGAUGUGGAUAUUGGCUGAGACAUGAGUGAUGAUUAAUGAUCAUCUGAUUGCAUAUUUAUUUGCUUGUAGAAACAAUUUUUUGAUGUAGUUCCUAUCUCAGCUACCGGCUUUUUACCAGAGGGGAAUGCUACAACUGCAACCACCACUACCACCCCUGGGAUCAACAGUGGAGCUGCCUCCACUACCUCCCCCCUGAACAGUGGGGAUGCGGGGGGUGGUAAAAGUGGACAACAGGUUUGUUGGUUUAUCUUACAAUAUCAUUAUUAUUGAAACACAUAAUUCAAGAAGUGCACAUAAUAUACUGAGUAAAAUUUCAUGUUUGUUGUAUGCAUUCUUGUGAUCAAGUAAUGCCCUGAUCAAUUUGAAGCUUCAAGCUUCUCUCCCUCCCCCUUCCCCCCCCCCCCCCCCAUGGCAAUCCAUGGGCAUUUGACCUUAUAUACCCAUGUCCUAGUGGUGGGGAAUAUGAACCUGAACUGUCAAGCCUUUCUAGUGGAAAACAAUUGUUUUAUCUUUGAAUAAUUAUAGGGUUGUUUUAGGGUAAGUAGUUUACUUUUGUAAGCAAAAGGCUUAGAAGAAAAGGUACACCAGGUCUAGGUUUUAAAGCUUGUUCAAUGUGCAUAAAGUCAUGGUUGAUGAUGUUGCCUUUUAUGAAAAAAUUGGGGAGGGCAUUUAGGGGAGGGGUGUAGAAGCCCCAAAAUUGAUCGGCGCAUAACAAUUUGUUAUACAUGACUUGUAAUGAAUUAACAGCAAAUAUACUUUUCCUUCAGACAUUAAUUCCAAAGGCAGUGAAUUCACUCAAAGUACUGGCUGAGUUACCCAUCAUUGUUGUGCUCAUGUACCAGGUAAAUGUUUGUAGUUAUUGAUAGUUAUGUUAAAUGAUGUGUUAGCUUGGGUUUUUUUCUGCAAUUGUCAUGCCUAUGAAGUGUGAUUGUAUUAAUUUAUCUGUCAUCAUUUUCUUUAUGCAGUUAUACAAACAGAAUGUCCACAGUGUUGUAGCAGACUUCAUCCCAUUGAUCAUGAAUACCAUUAUUCUACAACCCUCUCUUACAGCAAGGUAACAAUCUGUGUUACUCUGUUUAUCAUAUUAAGUUUCAACCUAGAAGUGAUACAGUGUAGUUGGCCAGAUAGCAUGAUUGUUCAGGCAAAGGUAGUCCUGAAAAAUUGUCCAGGUUAGCAUAAUUCAAUAAAGGACAGCUGCUGUUGACAGUAGUUGAAUACAUGUACAUAAUAUAUUAUGUUUUCAAAUGGUAAUCAAGAGAGACAACUCAUUACCAAAUGGAUACUUGCAUGGAAAAAGCACUACUGACAGUACUAUAAGUGACUUCUAAAAGUCUGUUGGAUUUUCCAAUCAGAUUGUUAUGUAUUCCAUUGUGAAACAGAGGGCGAAAAUAAAUGUUUCACAAAAGUUCAUUAACAGCUUUUCACUAUCCACCCUUUCACUAGAAAUUGGCGAUGACUUUGCCCAGGUUUUUUAGAUGCAGCAUCUUUUGAUGACUACCCACAUAUGUACAACUGCACUACAGAUGCACAGCAGUGAAUGUAUGAAAUAUAGUCUGAAUGUUACUGAAAACAAUCUUGCAGCUCCAAAAGCUGUAAAGCUGUAAUCUUCUGUGGUCACUUGAAUAUUGUUAACAACUCAACAGUAGUCUUAUGUGGAUACUGAUCAUCUUUUACUCAUUAUUUUUCUAUUCUUUAGAAAAUCUCCCACAUUCAACAAGGAGGUGUAUGUUGAUUUUGUAGCAGCGCAAAUCAAAACACUGUCAUUUUUGGCAUACAUCAUCAGAAUUUAUCAAGAUAUGGUGAACACAUAUUCACAGAACAUGGUAGGAGGAAUGCUGGGUCUGCUGCGCUAUUGCCCACAGGAAGUUGCUCACCUCAGAAAAGAACUGCUGAUUGCUGCAAGACAUAUUCUGGCCACAGAUCUUCGAAAAAGUAAGCAGGUUUUAUAGGGACAAAACUGAGUCUGAUUCUCUCAGGGAACACAGGACAAGACAUUUCAUUCUUCACCCUGGAGUUAUUUAUUGGGGUGACAUGACAAAAUGCUGCCUGUUAACACAGGGUUAAGCAGCAGUAGUUAUGGGCCAAUAGUGACCUUAAACAUGUAACCUUUCCUGUCACUCCAUUACAUUUGGCUGUGAUCUCAAAUUUCUCCACAGGGUUUGUACCUCACAUUGAUCAACUAUUUGAUGAGGAAGUCCUGAUUGGUAAAGGUUGGACCACUAAAGAGUCGUUACGUCCAUUGGCAUACAGUACCUUGGCUGAUUUGGUUCACCAUGUUCGUACUCAUCUUCCCUUACCUCACCUGUCACUGGCAGUUCAUAUGUUCUCCAAGAAUGUACAUGAUGACUCACUCCCUGUCAGCAUUCAAACCAUGUCAUGCAAGGUGAGUAAAAAUUGCAAAGCACAGAUCAAAUGCAUCAUUUUACCUGGGGAAUAGAUUGGUGGUAAGUAUACUGGCGUAUUCUGUAGUUGUUAACAAGCUCUUGUCGGGGGUUGAGUGGUAAUCUAAAGUGUACAUUAUAGAUAGCAUAGUAUUUAGUCUUGAUGGUACUCUGGUGUGAGGUGGUUCAUGCUGCCAGGUGUCAAAGUAGUUGGACUUUAAGUACUGUAGGCAGCUUGACAAACAAAGAGGCAAUGAUGAGUAAAGCAUAGAGGGUGUAAAGUAAGUGGCCAUACUGCACAUAGCAGAGAAGAGAAAGGAAGUGAAGAGAUAAGAAAUGAAGAGAAGGGAAGAAAUGAGAUGUGAAGAGAUGACAAGAAAUGAUUGGAUUGGAAGAGAGGAGAAGAGAAACAAGGAAACGAGAGGAGACUGGACAAAAACUGAAGGGAAAGGGUGAGAGGAGAAGCUAAUAGAAGUGAAGGGAAGGGAAAUGCAAACAGGUUGACCAAAAAUUCGAUAAAAUGGGAAGGUGGUUUCAUGGGUUGACUCCUAACUGCAAACCUUAUUUUUUUUUCUUAGCUUCUUUUGAACCUUGUGGAGGGUAUCAAGCAGAAAAGUGAUGAUCAAGGAACUGUAAGACAUUGCAUUUACAAUUUAUAUUCACAAACCAGCUGAGACACAUAAAUUUAAGAUUCCCCUUUUUUUACUUUUAUAGCAUUUUUGUUAACUGAUUUCUUUUUUUUUUUUUUCAGGGACGUGAAAUUCUUAUGAGGAUGCUUGAAGUAUUUGUCAGAAAAUUCCAAUCAAUUGCUAAGCAUCACGUUCCAGCUAUCUUCAAGAGAUGGUACUUUAUCUUGAGUUUGGUUCUUUUCUUUGAAGAGAUUGUCAAUGACUACAUACAUGUAGACUUAAUUAGAACUGAAGAUCAGAUCAGAUCAGAAAACAGAACUUUACAAUUUUACCAAUUCAUUUAACAAUUGUCACAAUAUGAUGAUGAUAAAAAUGAAGGAUUUCCAUAUUUCCUUAUUUCCAUAUCCAAGAGUUCAUGGUGCUUUUGGAACUUUGAUGGAAAUUUGGCUAGACUGCAUUGAGAAGUUCAUAGUUUUUUUUAGAGGAAAGUUAAAUUCCAUAAAGGAUACAGUAGACCUUUGUAGGUGUCUUUUCAAAAAAAAUUUUUAUUGUGCUAUAUAAAGCAUAGCCACCAUAAACUAUGUAUCAAUUAAAAUGUUAUGAAAUUCACUAUUCAACAAAAAUUAUUUUGUCUUAGCUUGAUCUAAUUGUAGACCAAAUGGGCUGUGGCAAUGUGAAGUGGACAAUGUUUCUUUGAGCGAACUAAUUGCAUAUCAAAUCUGACUACACAAAUGAUAAUAAUUUUUUUUAGCCCUCAAAUGAGUGAAGUCCAAGCACAGCAGCAGUCUUCAUCACAAUCAACGUCAGUUAUACCAUCUGUAACAACAAGCACAGCUGCUGAUCGCAGCUCAGUGUCCAGCGUAACUUCAACUUCCACUGCUUCAAGUUCCUCCUCAGCAGCAGUUGAAACCCAGUCUUCAGACAAACAGGAUCAAGAUGUGACAAAGGUUUAAACAGUUACAUGUAUUUACAUGCAGAGAUAAUAAGUGACUCAAAAGCUAACAAACAUCAAUGCCAUGAAAUUAUAUUUUACCAGCUUCAGUAAAUCAAAUUCAGGAAGAUUUUCUAAAUAUUAGUAUAUUUUAUAUUACUGGUAUCUUAUAUUUGAUGGGUUAUUUUGUAAUAAUCAUUGCAAUGAGCCUCCCUCUUUUGGGGUGAGUUAUAACUAGUUAAAAUAAAUAAUCUUUAUUUUUCUUUGUUUCCUGAUAGAAAAUGGCUGGCGCUUCAGCUGGUAAGCUACUGUUCUCAAAUAACGUUUUUUUUUACAAUUAUUCUUCAUCUAGAAAACAUACAAAUAUUGAUGUACUGUACAUGUGUUCAAAAUGGUUCUUUUCCUUGAAAUUUUAGUGGGUCCCAGUCCCCCAAAUGCCUUCUCUGUUCCUGACUGUCGCAGUAUGGUGAAGACUCUUGUGUGUGGAGUUAAGACAAUCACAUGGGGUGCAGGUUCCCGCAAGGUAAUGGGAGGUAAGAUAUUUCACUUGGUGUAGAUUAUGACAUGUUUUCUAUCAGUUUUCUAGACAGGAGUGAGGGCAUUAUAACAUAUAGCAAUUGAUAAACUGUUUAAGAAACUUUAAUCACUUAGAUGUACACAGGUUGGGACAGACUGUUGGAUCCAAAAUUGAUCACAACCUACCUGGUAAUUGCUGUUUAAUGACAAAUGGCACAUUCAAAGCACAUAUUAAGUGUUGGCUCCAGUUAUCACCUUGCUAAGCCUUCUUUCAAAUAUUUCAAUUCUCAUGUGUAAGUUUCCAGAAAUCUACUUUGAGGACUACUGAGAGCACUUGGAGUUCUUUUUCCUAAGUAUGCUUGUGUCACCCACUUAGUAACAACAUCAUCUUUCCCCCAAUAAAUGUUCUUUCACCACAUUAAGGACUCAAUAUUGGUUUCAUUUUCUUAAAGCUGCAAAUGAUAUCAAUGCUCCUGCAUCAGCUCAGGCCAAUAAAACAUUCCUUCCAUGGGAGACACAUCUAUUCACAAGACUUCUGAAAUAUGGUGAGGAUAAGUAUAGGGUUCUGGGUAGACUUUUUUUAGUGUAGGCCUAUAGCCAUGGCUUAAGGAUAUAGAUUCUAAACAUGGUCCUCUGCUACAAACUACAAGUUGAAUGAAUCAGGUCCAGCCACAGUGCUACUCAAAAGUAAGUUGACAAUCUUGACUUGAAACUUGAUCUUUGAUCCUCAAAAAUAUCAGGAAUUGAGGCUCGAGAAUCAAAAAGAGAGGUGCUUCAAGCUGUAGCUUGGACAUUCAGGGCUUGAAGACACCAUCCAAUACAGUUCUGCUUGAGGCUGUAAAGGUCUUGUGGGAUACAUUCAGUGUCUGCACAGAGUUGAUUGAUUUAAGUUUUGGCAAGGUGUGACCCUGCAGGAAGUUUCUUCUACCAGUAAUAUCUGGACUUGGAAUUUGAUCCUUGAUUCUCAAAACUUUUGAGAAUUAGGAAUAGAUUAAGGCUUGAGUUUCAGGAAGUGAGUUUCAAGGGACUGUCAAUAUACUUUUUAGCAGUACCAUAGUUGUAGUUCAUAGGCUAACUUGUUCAAAACCAAGUGACCCACAUUGUAGAAUCUUAUCCCAGUUUCCAUAGCAUGAAGCUGCUUAUUAAAUUUGCUGACAGACUUAAAUUUUGAAUUUUAGCCUUCAGGCUUUAGAUAUUUAUCAAGUGUCUAUCAGUCCUAAUGGACAGUAUUAUCUCAGGCCUCCAAGGUAUGUUAUAAAUUCUUCUCACUUUCUGCCCUGUGCCAUACAUUUCUUGUCAUUUUAGCAAUCAGUAUCUCAUAGAAUAUAUUUCUUGUUCUUCUUAUCACCUGCUUGAAAAUGCACUGACAUUGCCAGGAGAAAUUUCUUUUCGACCACCUCUAGGACUUAAAGGGUUAAGUUUUUACAGUUUGUGAAAUUUGAAAUUAUUCGAUUUAUGAUUCUGUCAACAUAACCCUUUAACCUUAAAAAGUGAUUAGCACCUUAAUUCCCCUUACAUUAUCACAGUAAAAUCAAAUAUUAAGGUUAUAAGAAUAAACAAAGUGACCACCAACUUAAGGAGAUCUGGAUUUUUCGGGCAAAUUCUUCUUUUUUACCCUUUAGCAAAUGUAAAGAAAAUAUGUUUACUGAUGUUUGGGUAUAAAGGGCUGAACCACAUGUUUUUUUUUACUAUUCAGUUCUCAGCAAGUGAGAAUGAAAGAAGAAAAGGAAAUCUUGGAACACUUUGCAGGAGUUGUAAGUACAAUGUACUUUGUGCUUGUAUUGUACAUCUUCACUGGGUCAUGGUUAUCUUGCUCUUACUCAAGAAGUUAAAAACAGUUAGGGGACCAAAACUUAUCUUGGUAAGAAUUUUUUUUUCUGUAUCUUUUGUAGUUUACUAUGAUGAACACAUCUACCUUCAAGGAGGUCUUCACUGCAAGUAUCAAGGUAUUUGUAACUCUCAGAAACAAAUUAAAUUAUUACUGGAAUAUUUUACUAGGCUUGUCCAGUUCAGCUGCAUGCUGGUUUUGAUGGGGGCCUGAAAUCCUGUUUGUUGUUUAUUUGAUUUUUGAAUCUUUGCCUAGAAUUUGCCUUCUCCAAGAAAGGUGGAUACAGCACAUGGGUGUGAUUUGUAGUUAAUUUUGUUAGAAUUAUAACAAAUACUUUCCCAAAGUGGGGAUAUUGAUGAUACAGCUGUAUAUAUGUAAUGUUUGAUAAUACUUACUGUACUGAACAAACAGCAAAUCAUAUUUAAAAAGGUGCAUGGUUUUUUAUAAUGGUGUCCAGAUGUUUUAUGAAUUUUAAACUGACUGUUUUAUUCCUCUUUCAGUAUCUGGUGGAGAGAAUACACACAAAUUAUGCUCUGCAGGUGAAAACCAAUGAUUUGUGUAUAAUUAUGUGCAAUGUAGUGAGGUCCUACACAAAGCUGAUGUGCAAGAGAAUGUGGAUGACAACAUGCUUUCCCCCCUUCCCAUACAUGUUUAAUUGGCUGUGAUACUCUGAGAAAAGGUCAGAGUAUCACAGCCAAUUAAAAAUUACAGGAGGGGGGGGGGAAACAUUGAUUAUUAGGUGUUUCUAUGGCUAAAAUUGCUAGAUAUUAUUACCAAACUUACACAAAGCUUCUCCAGAAUAAUUCAAAGUAAAGAAGUUGGAAGAAUGGGGUGAUAUAACAAAUUGCUGGUUCCUGGUUCAUUUACAGUUUGAAUAUACUAAUUAGAAUCAAUUUGAACAUGAAGAAGAACAGAAAGAACUCUUUUCGAUGCCCAGGACUGUAAAAAAUCCACAUCAUCUUCCAGAACAGGAAGAUCUCCCUGUAAAUAUCACUUCUCCCUUAACUUGUGCCAUAGAUUUCUCAUAAUGUUGGUAGCUCUGACAAAAUGUUAUUCAAUUGAGCAAUACCCCUUUGAUGACAAUUGUCUUUUUUCUCAUCACAUCUUUGCUUAAAAUGUAGUGAUAUUGUAGAUAAGAAAUAGUUUCUGGUCGCUUCUCAAAUUAAAGUUAAAGGGUAAUUUUGCAUUUCUGGUCCUCUUUUUUAGAUCAUCCCAAACUCCUUUCUGGCCAACCCCAACACCUCAGCCACUUUUGCUACAAUCCUUGUACGGUUCCUCCUGGACAGACUGGAUGAAAUGGGAAGUAAGUUUUACAUGUAAAUGAAGGAAACAAAAACAAACUAAUUGUUUAGUGUAUCAAUCCUGGACCUGAAAUUCUCUUUUUUUUUUUCAAAUUCUAUUGACCAUUACUUUUAAAUUAAUCAGGGUACUCUACUACACCCAAAGAAUUAAGGAAGAAAAAUGACCGUAGGAAAGAUAAAUCUGAGCAAUAUUAAUGCUUUUGUGAAUUGUACUUUUUUAGCAAACAUGGAGCGCUCUAACUUAUAUCUGAAGUUGUUCAAGUUGGUGUUUGGUUCAGUUUCUUUGUUUGCAUCUGAAAAUGAACAGAUGUUGAAGGUGAGAGGAACUUUGUGAAGCCACAUCCAUGUAACAAAAACUUUGUUCUCGUGAGUACAUGUACAUGAACUAUUGAAUAAUGUAACCAUCACCCUAAUUUCCAACUGUUUUGGUUACCAUGAGGAGUAAAAGUGUUUGUUGUAGCAAAAUCUGCCAAUGAAGCUGUAAUUUGUUAUAGUUUUAAUGAAGUAAAUUUCAUCUGACCUGCACAUGAAAAUCAAGCAAAAAAUGAUCCUUGCAAGGGAGCUGUAAUUUUAGCAAUUGCAGAAAAGAGGCCUCAUGCUAUGACAGUUUUGAACCCAGGACACACAGAUUCUAGUUUGGCACUACCACUAGCUUUAGGAACAAAUUUUAGAAGGGUUCUUCUUUCCUAAGGAGGAAACUGAUCAAUAUUUAUCGAGAAGUAAAUUUAUUUUACCUGCACAUGAAAAUCAUAUAAAGCAAUGAUCCUUGCAGGUGAGCAAGGAUAAUUGGAGAUUUUUUACCUAUUGUUCACAGUUUAAAUCAUAGUGGGAUAAACAUUUCAAUAAAAUGAAAUAAUAUAAUAUUUUUAAAAAAUGGUUCUUUUCACUUUUUCCUACUGGUGACAAUUUUAUGAGUACAGGUUGUCUGGGACUUUGAAAAUUCUGGAGGUUGGCUCCAAACAGUUCUGUAACUUCCACAUCACUGAAUACCUUGACUGUUUGAUUUUCUUUUGUAGCCUCACUUGCAUGAGAUUGUGAACCGAUCCAUGCAACUUGCCUGCACCUCUAAGGAGCCAUACAAUUACUUCCUGUUGCUGAGAGCACUGUUUAGAUCCAUAGGAGGAGGUAUACAUUGCAAUCCUAUCAACUGAUGAUAAUUAUCAAUGCCAAUUUUUUACUCUUGGAAUUGAACUUUACAGUUGUAGAGUGUUUUCUUAGGGUCCUGAACUUACUUUAAACCUGUUGGGUUGUCUGAUUAACAAAUGGAUCCCAAGUUGGCCUGCUGUGAAUUUGUGCUCUAAUAGAUCAUCAAAAUGUGGUAAGAACAAGAAAGUAGCACACGAGGCACAGCUAAGUGUGUCACUGAAGUUCAAACCACAAUUUGAUGUCUCCUCAUAUCUUUUACUGAACAUACCCAUGGCAACAUGAAAUCUACCAGUAUUUGUUUACAUGAUAAAGAAGUAAAGUGUUUUAAUGAUGACAACAUCUUUUUGUCUGUCCUCUCUUGGGUCAUAACUAAAAACCAAUCAAAAUGUGUGUUUAAUUCUGCUUAUUAUAGAAAUACUGUUGGGAAAAAAAUUAAUGUUGAUUAUGAUGUUAUUCAAUUUUUAGGAAGUCAUGACUUGCUGUAUCAGGAGUUUUUGCCUCUCUUACCAAAUCUUCUUCAAGGUCAGUUUAUCUGGUAACCUAAGAUUCAUUUUCUCACUGUUGUUUUGUAAACUUCCAGACUCUUAAGGCUUUUUUUUCUUCAACUCUUGUUCCUUUUUUAGGUUUGAACAACCUUCAGAGUGGAAUCCAUCGUCAGUACAUGAAAGAUCUGUUUGUGGAGCUGUGCCUCACAGUACCUGUCAGACUGAGGUAGAACAGAAAACUGGCCUACUGAUUUUUUGGCUCAGAAAACGCAUUUAGGAUCAUAUUUCUAGGCAAAGAGUGUUAAAUUUUCUGAUCAAUUUUCAAAGCUACCAUAUUCAAUUGGUGAGAUCAGAUGAAAUGUGAAGUUAAUAUGAAAUUGUACCAGAGAGGUGAUAUCGAGAGUGAGGAGAGGUCCAGCAAAGACAUUAUUUCUUCUAAUCCUGACCUCCCCCCCCCCCCCCCCCUUUUUACUGGUUCAUUUGCUCUAGGCUUUCCUCAAUCUUAACAAUCCUAUAUAGAGGCCUAAACACAUGAUUGGAAUAUUUAGAAUUUGCCUGCCAGAAAAAAUGCCUGCUAUGGGAACUACCAGCCCAUUUUCUUAACUGAUAGAUCAGUUUUACCCUUUUUCUUCUUAAUCUAAUGAUUAAUUUUAUUCCUGUUUGUUGUUUCAGCUCACUUCUUCCCUACCUACCCAUGCUCAUGGAUCCUUUGGUGUCUGCUCUGAAUGGGUCCCAGACCCUUGUCAGUCAGGUACUAAGCUUCCUAUCUAUAAUAAUAAAGUGUGGUUCAACUAAGAGACAAACGUAUGUGGGAUUGUCGUGAUUUUGCAUUGUUUCACUCUGUAAUUAGUCAAGAAAAGUUGUGUUACCUCUCACCCUUUAGAUGCAGAACUACGAGCAUUUGUGCCAAUGUUUUGCAGUGUAAAGCCUUUGCCCCUAGUGAGAUAUUCCUUUGCCUUGUGCAAUCGAAAUGCACUUUAAUACCAAUCGAUACAAAAUUUGGUGUGAAAGGAAAGAUUUUUGGGAAGAAAAAUUGAUAUAGUAAAGUAAUAUGACUGUAUCAUUUGAGUGAAAAAAUUCUUAGCGACAAUUUAUGACGUAAACAUUUUGGAAGAUAAAUUGCACUUCAAUGUUCAUAGUUAUGCAAGGAAAAUGAUUCAAAUUUGCAACUUGGUAACAUGAAGAUCUUUGUGAUGUUAUCAGGGCCUGAGAACUUUGGAGCUGUGUGUUGACAAUCUUCAGCCAGAUUUUCUGUACGACCAUAUUCAGCCAGUGAGGGCUGAGCUUUUUCAGGUUUGUUGAUUAUCCGCCUCAUUGUUACGUAAUUUUCUUUCUUGAUUGAGGUAGCUCUCUACUUACUUUGUCCUCCCUGAAUAUCAAAAGGUUUUAAUAAUCGAACGUUUGAUUUUCCAGGCUCUAUGGAAAACACUGCGAAAUCCACAUGACAGCAUUGCUCAUGUUGCCUUCAGGGUUUUGGGUAAAUUUGGUGGCGGCAAUCGGAGAAUGUUGAAGGAACCCCAAAAGGUUGGUUGGUUUAACAGAUUCCCUCGUUUGUAAAAAGUUCCACUGUGAAGCUCAAAGUUUCCCAUCUUUCUUCUGUUUACUCAUCUGACACUUUCAAACACGUACUGAAAAAAUAUUUUUGUUUUCUUUCUUCCAGCUAAAAUAUAACAACGCUGAAACAAAGGGGCCAUGUCUAUCAAUAUUUUACCCAGAAAAUACUAAUCCUGUUUCACUUCCCGUGACAGCUGUAAGUGUUGAAGCACUCGUUUUCUGUUGAAGAAGUAGCUGUUUAUAAUUUUAUUACUUAUUUCAAUCUUUUUAAGUUAGAGUAAGCAAUUUUAAAUGAGCAUCAAAAUUCAUCCCUGAUUAUGUCCUUUUGCCUUUCACCGCUUUAUGAUUGGUCAGACAGAAAACCAGUGUCACCCACUCAGCCAAUCCGAUACAAGACUAAAGUAGAACCCUGUUAACUCAAACUCCCAAGGGAAACAAAAAAUGAUUUCAAGGUAGCAGAGUUCGAGUGGGCUCAAGGGAAACCAGAUCGUGUUUGAGUUACCGUGGGUUUGGGUUAACCGGGUUCUGCUGAAAAAGCAAUUGCAACUUGCUUAAGAUACCAUAUUUGUUUGUAGUUCAUGCAAUGUGCUUGUCUUUGCUUUGAUUUCUCGUUUACUCCAUGUGAAAUUUUCCUUACUGGCAGGUGUAAUUCCUUGGUUUUGGUUUUACGACACUCAAUAAAGCGCGGUCUGAUUACUUUAGCGUGUAAUGAUAUGUUGAUGUUGUUGUCUGUGGUAGGUAAUCGAAAGAGCAUUAACAGUACUCAAGACCCUUCCUCCCAACAUGGCGGCGCUUCCUCAGCAGUCACCAAUGCAGAUUGAUCACACUGUAUUCUACAGGAAGCAGGCUUGGUUGGUUGUACAGGUAAUUUAUGUUUCCUCGAUACCCUAGUUCAGAGAUAGUCCAGGCGCUUGUCAGUGAGUUGGAUCUCAGAAAUUUGCGAAGUAAACUGAAUCUGCAUUCUUCUCUAAAUUUUCAAAAUAUUCUUUCCCUUUCUCUUCUCUUCCCUUCCUUUCCCUUCUAUCCACUUUUCUUCGUUUCCCCUUCCCUUUCCUUCUCAUCUCUUCUCUUCGUACCCUUUUCUUUUUCUAUUCUUCUCUUCUCAAUUCCGUUUUCCUCUUCUCUUCAUUUCCUUUCCCUUCGCUUUUCAUCCCUUCCUCUCUCCUCCCCUCUCUUCUUUUCCCUUCUUUUCCUAAUCCAUUCCUUUCUCUCUCCUCUGCAAUCACAUUUACUCAACAAAUAUAAAGACAAACUACCUUAGAUUUACGUGUAAGUGUCGCUAGCUAGAGAACUUGUCAUUGGACUUAAUCGUCUCUUUUUUGCUGUAGUCUUUUCUUAUAGCCAUAAUGUCUCUUGAAGACACUGAAGCGAUAUUUCAACAAGUCUUACAACACAAGAGGUAUGAGACCACCAAACUAUUAUCAGAAGUUAGACAGUUAAGCUACAUGAUAUAUGCCUUGGUUUCAGCUUUGCCACGAAAUAUUCUCUCGUUACUGAUGUCUAUUUUUUCCUCUCAGCUUUAGAACUGAAAAACCUCCCAUUUGUAACAAGACAGCUGUACCACCCUGUCUGGAUGAACCAUCGAAGAAAGUGUUUGAGCAAGCUAUCACUGGUGCAUUGUGUAAGUAGGCAAUGGCAGACUUUAUAUUUCAUCCAAACUAGCUUGGAAAGUAAUCACUUGUAACUUACAUUUAUCUCGGGACAAAUUCAGAAUCCAAUCUAUUGCUUAAUGUAUUGUUGAAAGAGUCGUGUUUGGCCGCGAGGUCUGCCACGUCCGUUUGACGGGGCGUGGAAACCUUACAUUUAAUGGAGAUAAAUGAUGUAAAUUUUGCAUUUUUCUUCCCAUAGUAUCUGGAACAAUAAAAGAAUUAAAGUCAGAGGCAGUUCCUUUUGUGUCGCAAAUUGUGCGACAUUACACCAUUGUGGGUGUGGUCCAACAAGCCGGACCGUGUCCGAUCAAGACUCAGGCAAGGUAACUGACAACUCAUUGUUAAAGUGCGUCGGGUGCAUUUUUGCCAAAAAAGGAAUAAGAAAAUGAUCGAUUGAUUAAUUUUUGCUCCUGGAUCUUCAAGGAAUCGCCGAGGAAUUGACGUACAUGCCAUGGUUGAUGCUAUAGCAGCAGUAAUGUCGAUGGAGGAUAAGGAAUUUUACAAAGUGGGUGAAUUGGCUGUGGCUGUCAUGAUUGAAACUGCAAGCGCAAUAACAGGAGAUCCAUACAAGGUUAGUAUGGUGGCAGAAGAAAAAAAACCGGUAAACAAAGUCUUAACCACACUUGUGUUUUAGUUAUUUCCCCAAAAGGUUUCGAUGCCUAAAUGUUGUCCGUGAGUGGCGUUUUAGUAUUGACCUGAUAGUAUAGUGUUAAUAAAGCAAAACUUAGUGUUGGCGCUGCAGGCAGCGGGUUUCUCUGCGGGAAGAGCAGUGUUCGUGCCGAAGCGCUUAUAGUGAGGGCAGUUUGCAGGCUAUCUUCUCACUCCCUCUUACUUUGGCAGACGUUUUAGGGUUCUGAAAGGGGCAGAUUCUACUUGAAUAUUGGCUUUUUGAUUAAAAACUGAGGGGACGAUCUUGUCAUCUUGUAGGCUGCAAGGCUACCUUUGUUUGAAUACCUUUCUGAAAAACUAUGUGGAUGUUGUUACGAGAGGGCGUGGUUUGCAAAGAAUGGAGGGUAAGUUGCAUACCUUACUUUUCAAACUUUAAUUUGAUGUUUCUGUUAAUUCUUGUACUUCUUAAUCGGCAUGCUCAACUGACAAAUAAAAUACAUUUUGUUUGUUGGUUUAUUGUUCAGUUGCACGGCCAUCAACUUCCUAAUGCAGAAAAUGCCUGUUCAAUGGAUCAUUGAGCAUCAACUGAACUUCAUUAACGCAUUGUGUUUUGUAAUGAUGGACCUCACAAACGAGGUGAGUAGGUGUUGCAUAGAAUGUCGCGUAUCGUGCAUGAUAAUCCUCACCUAACUUUUUCUUCUUCCUCCUCGUUUGUAGGAUUAUUAUAAACCCCCUCUGUAAUAAGCCCCCCUCUUCAAUGAACCCCCUCUCUAUUUAGCCUCCCUCUCCAUAAGCUCCUUCUGUCAUAAGCCCCCUCUCCAUAAGCUCCCCUCUCCGAUUAACCCCCUCUGUAAUAAGCCCUUUUCCCAAUUAACCCCUCUUUAAUAAGCCCCUCUUUAACAAAACCCUUCUCAAAUAACCUCCCUCUAUUUAACCCCCCCUCUCCAAUUAGACCCUGUCUAAUAAGCCCCCCUCCGACGAACUCCUCUCUGACGAGCUUCUCUCUUCAAUGUACUCCCUCCCUGAUGAUACUCCUUCUCUUAUGAGCCGUCUCUUUGACAAACCCUCCCUCUCUGGGAAGCUUCCCUUUCAAAUACUCCCCCUCUCCGAUGAGCCUUCUCCCUUAAUAGGGGCCCCCCCCUUUCUCUAAUACGCCUCUGACUCAUUUAUUUCCUUGAAAAUUAGUUAAGAGAAUCUGCUGUUACAUCAGGGUAACAUCCUUGAGUUGAUAACUUUUGGUAUCAUUUAAAGAUAUUGUUAGGUGGUUUUAUUCUUCCAGCUUUGUUAGAUGUUGUAAGGGUAAAGACGACUCUGCUUAGUUUUUAAGGUUUGUCUUUGGUCUUUUUCUUUCCUUUUAAGGUGUCAGCUGGUACUGUUGACAGAGCUAAACAGACGUUAGAGGCUCUUCUUAAACAGUGUAAUGCCCCCAAGGCUGGAGAGGUACGAUAACAAUAGAUGCUCAUGUAUUUUUCUUCAGAAACUAUCUUUUCAGAGAAGCAAACAGUCUGUUCAGUAAUAGCUCGCAGAUGACAUCAAAAUGUGGUGAGAACUAAAGAGUGGCACCUGAGGUACAGCUUAGGGUGUCAUUGGUGUUAUUACAACAUUCUGACGUCAUCUGUGAUCUAUUACCGCACGGACCCAGAGCGACAUGGAAUUAUUCAAUAUAUUUUAACGUGAAAUCUAUUUAUUAAUCAGACAUUAUCCGUUCAGAGAAGCGAACAUUUGAAGUUUUAGUUUAAUGAUGGUCAUAAGACUCGUAUUGUAAUCUGUCCGACUGUUUAUCAACGUUUGACUUCACGAACAUGCUUCGAUUUUGAUUCAGGAUAAAAAUAUUGCUACAGUGAGGGAAAAGGUCCUGCCUUCAGUCACUCAACAUCUUGUAAAGGAAAUUGUUUCGCCAAACCAAACCAUUCGGCAGCAGGUUAGUUCAUGUGUUUUCUAUACUUACACGUCGUUUAAAAGGUUUGAUCUUACUAACUUGCUGUUACGAGAGUUUAUCCUGUUAGCAUACCACGAGGUGAGAGGAAAAACUGCUACCCCUCUCUAACCCUCCAAGGUGACUACUUGUGCACUUCCCCACCCCUCCCCCCUUUCCAGCAAUUCGUUGAGUUCCUGGAAAAGAUUUUGAUGUCCAUUUAUCCUCCAGGGUCGAAACAGGUCCAAGAACGUCAGAGAACGAAAGAGCUUUGCAAAUCUGAAUGGACACGAAAUACCUGUUUCUACAAAAUUAACGGUCACUUCUUUAUUCACAGGCUCAACAUUCUGUUUCUGUGCUUGCCGAGAUUUACAAAACAACCGUUCACAAUAUCAUGCUUCCCCACAAAGGAGUAAGUUUAAUUUGUGCCACUUUUAUCACUUCUCUGUUAUGAAAUUCUAGUAAUAUGAAGAAAAUGACCUAACUUUCCUAUUGAUUGAAACUGACCAAUCACAACAGUCACGCGCUACUCGAAGCGAACAGUCAAUAAUAACACUCCAAACUGACCAAUCAGUUUUCACAGGUCAGACAAACAACUCCUCCUUGGACUCUAAUGAUGACUUUCGCUUAGGUUUUCGAAAUGUUAAUAAUUAUCACUAACAACAGCCUUUUCUUGGAAAAAUUGGAUACGAUAAGUCCUCCGUCAUUUUUUUAAGGUAAACCAAGGGUACUAAGUCACAAUCAAAGCUCAGUUUACUGCAAAAGACACAUUGCAAACAGCAGCAAUAACAGAUAACCCUUUACUCUAAAAUGAAGUCUCUGGAAACGUGCAUUAGAAACGUCAAUCUAUGCGACCUAGUUAAUCGAAAAAGUGUUUCUUUUUUUUUGUCUGGUAAUUUUUUCUUUUUAAUUUUUGUUUGUAGAUUCUGGAAGACAUGAUUCCACCAAAGGUAGGAUUCAUUAAAGUAACACAUGAUUAAAAUGUAGCCAAUGAACAGUGCGCAUUCCAAUGAUUGAUAUAAGAACAAAACCAAAGUAAUCAAGACGAACAAUCAGAGUGAAGGAAAAUUUUUAAAGGAGCCAAUGAGAACUCAAACUGAAACGAGCAAACUGUCUAAAGUGCGGGAAAACGCGGGUGUCCAAGUUGCGAUCAGGGUUAGUCUUGCAUCUGAUUGGUUUAGAAUUAACUCGAGCUUUAAAGACCAAUCAUUGAGCAGCGUGAGGUGAAAACCAACGUAAUUGCAGAUUACUUUCGGCACUUAAUCGAAAACUGUUUAAUUGCUGUGAAAGCUUAUUAAGAAGAGUGUCUUUUUCUGUCAUUCUUAGAAACAUCUUCUGCGUCACCAGCCAGUCAACACUCAGAUUGCAUUAAUGGUAUGACAGUUUCCAUUAUUAUUUGUACGUAGUCCGAGUUUUAUCUUUUUCCUUAGACAAAAGUAUCUCGUUUGUUCUUAAUAAUUUUAUCUUUCCGCAUUUUUCCCUUUGCAGGAUGGUAACACGUUUUGUACGACGCUGAAUCCUCGUUUGUUCACCAUGGACUUAAGCAUUAUAGAACAUAAGAUAUUCUUUCAAGAAGUACGAUUAUACAUCAAUGUUGAGUUUAUAUUUGAUUUCAGACGUUUUCGUCUUAUUUCAAAUGGUUUCGUCCGAUUUUAGACGGUUCCAUCCCAUGUCGGACCGUUCCGUCUGAUUUGAGACGGUUUCGUCUUAUGUCGGACCGUUUCUUCUGAUUUCAGUCGGUUCCGUCUGAUUUCCGACGGUUCGGUCUCAUGUCGGACGGUUUCGUCUGAUUUUAGACGUUCCCGUCUCAUGCAGGUGGUUUCUCGUGUCAUAUAUCAUUUUUUUGCACAGUUUCGUCGAGUUGUAGACAUUCGGUCUUAUUUCGAAUGGUUUUGUCUAAUUUUAGACGCUUCUUUCCAUCCAAAGUCGGACGCCUCCGUCUCAUUUCAAAGUUGUUCAUCUUAUUUCUAACGGAUUACACAGUUGUUUACCAUAGACUGUGGUAUAACAGUACCUCAAAUGUCCUUUCAAGGGACUAGACUGUACAUGAACAUGGAUUUUACUCUUACUCAGGAAACAAGCUGAAAAUGCUGGUUUUUUUUUUGUUUUUUGUUUUCUCUCAGCUUCUUUCUCUGUGUGAAGCAGAUGACACGCAACUUUCCAAACUGCCUUGUUAUAAGGCAGUCCAUUCCCUGACUCCUCUUAGGAAAAGUGCUCUGAGUAAGUUCAUUGACUCACAUUUAUAGGCACGCCUCUUUUCUACAUAUUGAGUUCUUAUCCAGUCAACACAAGCAGACUUUCUUUGGUAGUGGACGUGAUGUAUUGUUUCAGAAUGACUUCGCGGAAAGCAGGAUAUACUUAGACGUUUUUACCUUCUCGCGAGUUAAAAUUUUCAUCUUCGUGAGACGAGAAGCAUGUCUCCCGAGACAAACCUUCUAUCGCAAGAAGGGGGUUACUUAGUUUUGAGCAGUACUGCUCUUUGAGUUAGAUCACUGACGGACGUUGUAGACACAUACAGCGUUUCCGCAAGGCUUGACUUGACAUUAUUGUAACGCGAUUUUAAAAAGGAAUUGUGUAGGUAAGAUUGUCGCCAUCUCAUUAAGGCAAGAGAUUAUCACAAUGAGGUUUAACUCUCAUUCCUUACAAAUUUUACAGAUGCCCUAACCGCUUGCCAUUACAUCGUUCAAGCGAAGGAUAAAAUCUUCACUGUGUUGUACAAGGUAAACAAUUUACGGACCUGUAAAGUUGAGACCUUCAAUCAUUUCUUGUAAGAUUGUCAAAGAAAACUUCUGUGUUUUUUUGUGGCUAGAGUUGUAGUGAAGGGAACAAAUAUAUAUUUAAGCAUUUUAGAAUUUUGUUUCAACGAAAAAAAAUGAUCUUAAGUGAGCCAACCUUUUUGACUUGCGCGGAAUUGUUUAUGUGUGUACAGUUUCACAUGCAACAAACGGAAGCACUUCACUUCUCAAAGAGAACUCCUGGCUAAUAGAUGUAUUUUGUACAUGUAGGCGUUGAACUCUCCUGUGACAGAAAUACAAGAAGCUGCUAAGGAUUCUAUGAAGAAGGUAGUAUUCUUUGUCACGAAAACGAAGAGUACGUAGCUGGCGUUUUUGAGUAAUUGCUUCUUCAUAGCUUCCUUUCUCUUAUAUUGUGCAUUUGUUAUUGUUGCUUGAGAAUGUGCAUCGGUGUAGUAGUUCAUUUUUAUUUCUUACUUGAAAGUAAACAAUCUAGCUGAUAAAUCACCGAGUAAAAAAGUUCUUGAUUGUCAAACAAAUUCUCCUUGUCAGUGCCUUGGGGAAUGCACAGAGAACAGUGUGGAGAAUAUGAAUAUUGAUAUUAGGGCUUAAAAGGCUAAUGUUCACAUUCGGGACUACUUGACAAACUGAUCAAACAGAUGUUUGUGUUUUUCCAGUUCAUGGCAGGAACUCAAGUAGACAUGGAGCAGGUCCAUAUGAGCAUAAGACCUCUGUUACUCAAGUUAGGAGACUACAGGAGUUUAAACUUACAGCUUAUACAGGUUAGAUAAGAACCGUAUUAAACUACAUUUCUUAAGUCAAAACAUGUAAAUGUUAAAAAAUAUUUGACAAUGCUGUAGGAUUUCGGACGGGUGCGUCCCAUUUCAGGCGUGUGUGUCCCGUAUGGAACGGGUGAGUUCCAUUUCAGGCGUGUACGUCCCAUUUCAGUUAGUGUGUCCUAUUUCAGGCGGGUGUGUCCCAUUUCGGGCGGGUGUGUCCCAUUUUAGGUGGGUGUGUCCCAUUUCUGGCGGGUGUGUUCCAUAUUGGACGAGUGUGUUCCAUAUUGGACGGGUGUGUCCCAUUUCGGGCUGGUGUGUCCCAAUUCAGGCGAGUGUGUAUCAUUUCAGGCGGUUGUGUUUCAUAUUGGACGGGUGUGUCCCAUUUCGGGCGGGUGUGUCUUGAUUUCGACCGUUUCAUUCGAUUAUGGGCGGUUUUUCGUUUUCAGACGGUCAGGAGGAGAGAAUGUGGAUGGAAUUUUAAGACUAAUUUUCGAACCUUUUUGCGUCAAAAUGAGCUAAAAGUUUGAAGAGAAGUUAAACAUUUAUAUUAAAAAAAAAAAAAAAGUUUAAUGGCUAUACUUUCCCAAAACUUUGUAUUCUUUCAGCGAUUAUCUCAUUUGAUGGAGCUCUUUCCAGCCAGUUUUAACGAGAAACUCUGUGAGCAGCUCUUGGUAAGUUUUAUUUCAGGGUUUUCAGUAACUUUUUACAUAACCGGCUGCCGAUGGUGUAAUAGGCGGCUGUGCCCUAAAAGGGGCUAUGAGGCGAAACCCUAACACCAGGACCUGCUUGCAAGCUCAACAGACGGCGGCAAGAGUUCUUCUAGGCAGCCGUAGAAAAUGACUCUAACAUGUUUAAACACUUUGCUAAUUGUACGUUCUUCUUUACUAGUCUCACUUAAGAAAGUGGAUUGAUGUCGUCACAACUGGUACAACGCAGGCGCAGCAGGCGGCUGGAAAAACAAACCACACUCCUGAAGAUGUAAGUGAGUUUAAGUAGAAAAGCCUUCAUUUGAGUAACGUGUUAAAUUGUGCGUCGUUAAAGCAUGCGUAUCUAUGGCGUGACCAAUACCACUCAAAGGUAAGCUGCAAGUGUUGUCAUGUCUCUUGAGAAUCGCUUUCGGGCAGUGAUCGGAAAAAUCCGAUUCCUUACCGACGCGCAGCUCACGAAACGAACUGAAUCCAACAGGUGGAUUAUAAUUGAAGAAAUUGCAGGAAAUAUGCCUGAUAAAAGCGCAGGCUCACCCGGACUGGAACCGGUGCUUCUUGGAUUUUAGUCAGGCCCUACCACCAACUGAGCCAUGAAGCAACGUGUAGUUGGGAGUGGGGAAAAUUUUGAUGUGAUUUUUGUUUCCCUGAAAGGAGUUUUAAAGCAAAGAAAUAACUGCGGGUUAGUGGAAUGGUAAAGCAACAAGCUUCGUUAACCCGAGGAACAAAACUCUUCUCGUAGGACUCUCGUGUUUUAAAGUGAUCCACGCAUGACAUUUCUUUAAUUUUUUUUCUUGCCAGUUUGCUCAAGAAUUGAAAAUCUGUGCUUCGAUCAUUAACAUGUUCUACUUAAUUCCUGCUGCGUCAUCGAAGCUGAUUGAACAUCUCGUUACCUUGGUGCUGAAGGCAGAAAAAGCUCUUCUGAUGGAGGUUAACAAUAAUUGGUUUUAGAGCCGUUUGCAAUUGAGGGUCAAAACACCAAAGCCAAAAUAAUCCCAGUGACCAGUCAAAGGUUAACAUUAUCAUUAGCCAAUGAGAACUUAGAGUGAAAUCAAACAAACUGCUUGAAGCGCGGGAAAAAGCGAAUGGCCAAGCCCGGAUUGUCUUUUGUUUUGCAUCUGAUUGGUUGAGAGGAUGGUACGGGUUUUCUGGACCAAUCACAGAGUAAAAUUAAGAUAAACUAAAGCAAUCCUUGAUUACUUUCAACGGUUGUGUUUAUGUAAUAAGCCCAUGACUCCCUUCUGCAGCCGAUUUUAACACAAAGCCGCUUAUCGAUAAAUAAUCUUGUAGACGGUUGAAUGAUAACCGAUUUGAACAUAUUAAUUUGGGUUAUUUGUUGACACUGUUUAGAUUGGAAGCCCGUUGAGAAAGCCACUGUUGAAGUUCUUGGUUCGCUAUCCUAUCCAGACCGUGGAUUACUUCUUGUUGCAUCUUGCAGGAUCCCAAAUGAACCGUCUGUUGAUGGUAAGUAACUUUCAUUUCCAGAAAAAUUUCAACAGAUGGGUGUCCUUUCCGUUUGGAAAAUAUCAGGAUAAAAAUAAGAGAAUAAAGCUCUGUAAUGCGGACCGUUACUGCUCCCGUCUCAUCGCAGCUUAAGGUGAUUUAACACCUUAACCCCUGAAGAGUGACUAGCAUUCAAUUUCAUCUUACAAUAUCACCCCUGAAUGACAUUAUGGUCACGAAAAUAAAGGAAAAGAUCACCAACUAAAGAAGCUCUUUAGAGAAUAUUAAGACUAAUAUUAAGAUGUUAAGGUUAAUUGCAGCUCACCUGCGUUGUUCAUUUCUUUACUGGUGGUGUUAUCUCUCUCUCUUCACAGUACAUCCUUAGCCAAGAUAUCUCCAAACCUUUGAGACAGACUUUAGAGGCACACUCCUUAAAACUAGUUAACAGUACUUUCAGUAUUCCUCAGGUAGGUUUCCCACACUGAAUUCACUGAGACAUCGUUUGUAAACAAGUGUUCUUGGAAAUAAUAUGCGAUCCUUCCAAGAGGCUCCUCGACGUGAUAGGAAAAAAUUCCAAAUCUGAGAUAAUAAAUUCUCUUUUACUAAGUCGUUCAUGCAAUGCUCUCUUCUUAUCAGCCCUCAGAGGAUCAAGUUUCAGCUCUUAAGAACAAGAUGGAGUUACAAAACCAAGGCAUUAAGAUCAUCAGGUUUGACAAGUUUUGUUUUUUCCCCUUCAUUUGGGUUCUCGCUAAGGUGAUUGAAUCUUAAUCUCUCAACAACUUUAAUCAACCAGGUUGAUGGUGAAGUUUAACGAUUCGUGGCUUCCAGAACACCCUGUUUUGGUGAGUGCUACAACAUAUGUAUAGCUCUGACCACAUGUUUUGGUGGUCUUGUCCAUGAUUAAACUUGGAAGUGAAGGAAAACUCACGUUCACACUUGUAUUGACAUAUUUUUUAAUGGUUUUGAAAUUCUGUGCGAAAUUCUUGUAAAAGUUGUAAUAGAAAUUCUCUUUGCACUGAUAGAUUGGCCAUUUACGAGGAAUAUGGGUAUCUAGUAGUUUUCAGGACAGGCUCAAAAAGGUAAGGAUAUGUUUUUCUAUGGAGCUCUUUGGAACUGAAAGUCUGUGUUUUCAACAUUGUGUAAUUUUCGUUUUCUCUUUUUUCCCUUCCAGGAUGGAACACCAAUUCAUCGCUGGAGAGAACCAAAGCUGUUAGCAAAAUGUUUAUUGAACUACAUCAAGUAAGUCGGAGUUACGUUUAUGUCGUGUUUCUGGAUGAAGGUCUUUCUUCUUUCUUCUUUCUCUAUAAACCAAACAAUGUUCUUGGUCUCCUCCAUUUUAGGCAUAAACCAUCGGAGGUGGAAUUACUCUUCCAGUUACUUCGUGUGUUCACCAUUCGUCAUGUUCCUGACUUCCAUUUUCUUAGAAAAUUUCUAGAUGAAACAGUGGCCAAGGUAAGUAAGGUUUACUUCCGCUUCCUUUCGGGAGAAAUGAACGUUUAUAAGUGUGUCUUAGUGUUAGAGGCAGAAGAGAUUCCUGCCAGGGAGUCAUUCCAAUGUGUUCGGAGGUAACCUGUAAGCGUUAGCCCCUCUGGCGAAGAGCUAAACCUUAGCAACUUAGGUUAAGAAAACCAAAUAAUUCUGUGAUGAUCUAAGACUCACAAAGAGCACAGCCAUAACCUCUUGCUUGUUAUGAGUAUUGUUGCAAUUGAAGUGAAUGGUGUGGUCUUUUGAUCAAAAGGUUUAUUUGUUUUAAAUGAUUUAUUCACCUAUUUAUUUAUUUAUUUUUGUUUUCUUAUUUUUACCCCCUUUUUCACCAGGGUUACACGGUGGAACAAAAGAGAAUUGUUUUCUUCAAAUUUGUGGAACUGUUUCAUGAUCAGAAUUUUCCACAGGAACUUAAAGCCAAGGUGCUCUUUACAAUAAACUUAGUUAGCUAAACCUGAACGCCCUAACUAGGUUUGAUUUCUAGCAAUCGGCGGCUCAAGCCAUUCUUAAAACGUUCACUGUGUGUCCCUUCUCGUGCUCUGGUAAAGUGUUAGCGAGGCCUCUUACGCCAAUCGCUCCAAGGGCUGUUUUUUCCGGUUUUAUAUUUGACGCAAGGCAUAAACGCUGUCAAUUUUGGCUGUAGGCGCUGUUGCACGUGGACAGGGCGUGAAAUGGUAGUGACGUGAUGUUGACGCAAGGUAUUAUGCGAGAUAGAAUCUCGCAUGCCUGCAUCUCUCAUACUUGCCGUAUCUCUCAUCUGAAUAAAAAUUCUGUCUGGUCUACCAAUUACCUUUUUUAUAAGUUAAGGUUUAAUCGUUGUACACUGGUAACUCACUUCGCUAUACUUGUUCUAUUUUUUCUUUAGGCCUUGCAGUAUGUGUUGAUUCCCAUGUUUCAAGUGUCGUUUGAGCGGGGGGAGGGUGACGGUCUGAUAGGUGGACCCCCCAGCCCUGAACAGGACAGCAAUGAAAAUGUUAUCAGCGUGUUUGUGUGUAAAGUUGUGGAUCCUGAUAAUCCCUUUGGAACAUCUGUAAGUAGAACUUUAAUAUUAUCACUAAAAGUAAUCCAUUUUGAUUUUGAUAGACAGUCGCUUAUAGCUCAGUCUGGGAGGCGCGGUGGCCUGACUUGCAGCGCGCUGAACUCCGUGACGAGAGGUCUGGGCUCGAGCCCUGGGCCCGAGCCCUGGACGUGUUUUGAUGACAGAACAAAUUUGUUUGGUAUGAAAGGGUUUUCAGAUAUCUUCUUCAAGAGUACUCUCACCCGGUCGAUCAGACCACGAUGACAAAAAUAAAGUUUUAAGUGUUGAGGAUUUACAUUCUUGGAUCACUGGCAUAUUUUAGAACCCAUGACAAUUGUAGUAUCUGUUUCUUUGUGAUUGCAGGAUGCAGUUCGUAUUUUGUUGCUACAGUUCUCAGCGUUGCUGGUAGAGCACGCCUCACAACACAUACAUGACGCUGCAAACAAGUGGGUGAAGUGACUUUGAAACAAUGUUUUAUUUGCAUGACUUAAAGAAAACAAAUUGUGUUUUAUGUAGUAAUCGCGUCCUAGGGAGCUACCGAAAAAUCAUUCAAAUUUAAAAUAAAAAAAUUUGCGUAUUGUUUUUGAGAGAGAAAACUCCUUUUUUGACAGAUGCGAGAUUAUUCCAAGAGUAAAAACUAUUAAGUAAUUGAUAACGCCUUUAGAAGUCCUUUUUGUGUUUUUAAAUGUCGUCCGCUGGGCGGUUCUCCCUCUCCCUUUCCUAUUUUAUCAUUUAUAAUAGUAUUUUUCUUUUGUGUAGUUAUUACUGUACCGUAAUCCAGGAUUCUCUCAUUGGACCUUGAUCUUUAAUCUGAUGUAAACAUUCCACAUCGAUAAAUAUGUAUCGUGAAAUUCUUACCAAGCCAAAAGUGGUUUGUAAAUUACCUUUUUCCGUUUGUUUUAGGCGGCAAGGUAUUAAAUUACGUCGUUUGAUGACAUUUGCUUGGCCCUGUCUUUUGCCAAAACAGUGUGUGGUAAGAUAACAUUAUCGCGCGAUAUUUACUAAUAAUUUAAUGUCGCAGUGAUUUUUCUCCUUGCGGGAUCUACAGAAAAACUAAUAUUCGCGUACGGAAAUUAAGUAAAUUUUCUUCCGUCACAAUCACGUUUCUGCUGUUCUUUAAUUUUUGCUAACUUUCUGGAUCGUUAUUUAACGGAGUUUCUAUUUGUUUUAGGACCCAUCCACAAAGUACCAUGGUCAUUUACUACUGGCCCACAUCAUUGCCAAGUUUGCUAUCCACAAGAGAAUCGUCUUACAGGUACAGCAUGAGUAUACCAAAAGAAAAGGAGCACUACAUUGUCAAAGUUAAGGACUGUUAAGAGAUCACCAAAAGGCACAAGGGCGUGGCUUGUGGGCGGGAUGAGGAUUCAAAGAACUUUGGAUCUAAUUUCAUUCAGAAAUAGUAAUACAGUGUGUUUUAAAACACUGACACAAGUGGGCAUGCCCUUAGUGACAGGGAGGCUCUUGUGUCGGAACUGAGACUGAAAAAUAUUGUGAACACCUCUGUACAGAGUUGAUUUAGGUAGAGUUGUAGAAAGAGAAAGGGAAAAAUAGAUUUAUCGUAGAACGCCACGCAGUGAUAAACGAGAUGAAAUGUCGAAUUUUAAACCGUUUCAGAGGACAACCCAGAAAGAGGUGAAUAUUUCUAAUGAUCACAUUUACUGUACUGUUAGGUUUUUCACAGCUUAUUGAAAGCUCAUGCAGUCGAGGCUCGCGGUGUUGUGAGACAGGCUUUGGACAUUUUGACGCCUGCCAUGCCAGCAAGAAUGGAAGAUGGAAACGUAAGGCGUUAUUUAUAGCUUUGAUUUUGUUCUAGAGGAAAAUAGGGUGGAGUCGAUUUGACCGGAGCUUGGCCAGGUUGGACAAAGCGAUAAGGAAUAUUACCAUUUCCCCUAAAUAUCGCGAGGUCUCCGACUGUCCCCCCGCCCUAAGUAAUUUGUUAGGUUUCUGUGCCUGUUUACCCUUACCCUUAUAUGAUUAAGGGGGGGGUGAAGGCCCUAUGAAAUAAAGUGUCGUGCGCAAAAUCGCAAUGAGUUCGUCUGGACUUGAAACCUGACCUUCCGGGCUAACCACCAUGCAAUUGCGCCUCCUACAGUUAAUAAAUAGUUUGAGAAUCAGAAGGUGCCUCAAUUGUUCAUCGAUCUGAUAUCGAAUUUUAUUUUCUGGGUAGAUUGUACCCUAAUACAAGGGUUUUUGUUCCUUUUUAGGCGAUGCUGACUCACUGGACGAAGAAAAUCAUCGUGGAAGAAGGUCACACUGUGGCCCAGUUGGUUCACAUGCUGUACGUUCAAAAUCUCUUGUGUCUAGUUCAAGUUAUUUGAACAUCCUGUCGAUGUUCGUAUGGUCUUAAUUGGUCUUAAUUGGUAGAAGUGUGCUGCAGUCCCCGACUCCUUCCCAGUCCUCUCUCUUCUUAUGAAAAUUUUAAGAGGGAAGCGUGCGAGAGGUGCGCCUGUGUGAGAAGAUUGGAAGGGAAACACGAUCUAGCGUGCAAUACUCCUAAAGAAUUGCAGUGGAGUAGUUAAAAUUGUGUAAACAACCUGUCGUAUGCCGCCAUACUGGCGUUUUAGUAGAGUGAAAUAUUAGUAGGACGCCUGAAAAGUCGCAGUUUGGAGAGAGGAGGAAAAAAUCUUCUAAACUCUCUAGUCCGUUAAAAGAAAAAUAACUGGUCAAAGGAAAACAUACAUUAGCUUAUGGAGUAGUAGUGUAGUCUGACUCCAAAAACAUUAUGGAAUAUGUUUUCCAACAGGACAUUAUUGGUUCGUCAUUAUCGGGUGUACUAUCCUGUAAGAAUCCAUCUGAUUCAACACAUGGUUAGCGCUAUGCAGAGGCUAGGAUUUACCACCAGUGUAAGUGAAGAAAAUCUCGAUAAUAUGAUACCUUUGCUAAAUUAUAUUCCUCAGUUUUGAGAAAAGAAAAUUAACUUAAUCUUAGCCCUAACAGAGUGCACAUUUCCAGUUCUAGAAAAUUCCUUUUUUCUUUUUCUCAUGCACUCUUUGAUUGGUUAGACGCUUCCCAAGAUGGCGAUGUAAUUUUGAAGUCGUCAGCAACGUUCUCUCGCGCUGGGCGCCCUUUACGAAUAUCGGUAUUAACUUCACAUGGCUGACUGUAUUCGUAUUUCCUGGCGUUUUAUUUACGACAAUCAGUCAAAAAUUCUUCUAUUAAAGCACUAAAAAGUUCCAAAUAUUUUGUUGAUGUGUUUAGGCGUCUAUUGAGCAUCGUAAACUUGCUGUGGAUCUGGCAGAAGUGAUCUUAAAAUGGGAAUUGCAACGAAUUAAAGAUGACCAGGAACAAACGACAACUUCAGAGGUAUACCAUGUUGUAGCAAGGUAGUAUGUUGUAGCGGUUUUUUAAGAAAACACACACUUUUUUUCACACUACAGCCUAUUUAAUGUACGGAAUAUUUUAUGGUAAGUUAAUUACAGAUACUUCAAGUUUAGUAGUUAAAUUCGAUCGUGUCGUAGGAAGAAUCUUGGUUUCAGACAAGUUGUAAAAAUACCCACAGUUCUGAUAAGGGGGGUGGGGGGAGGUCUUUGAACCCCCUGGACCCUCCACCUGGACUCCCACUGUUGUAUAGUGUUAGCAGAAUUAUGUUUGUUCAUCUCGUGUUUCGAAAACUGAAUGAAGCCAUAUACUCUGCCGAACUAACAGCUCACUAUGUACAGAAAACCUUUUUUUACUUAUUUUAACGUUUUGCUGUUUCAGCAGACGACAGAAUCUUCUAGUUCAUACACUACAACAGCUUCACAGGUAGGGUUACAAUCACAAACGUUUGAUUUUGUCGUAGCUUUUUGACUUCUGGUGAGUAAUACUCUGAGUUUCUGUAUUAAUUUGUUUUCUUUUUCUUUUAUAGGUGGGAGGUGUUAAACGACCUUCUGAAGAUACUCCCAGUCAAGAAACAAAAAGAACGAGAUCCAUGUCCCAGGUUAGCAAAAUGUUGCUCUGUCCUCGUUUUGUUAUAGCAAUUGUCGAUCGAACGUCGAUAGUAAUUCUUGAUUCCUUUGGUUUUACUACUCUAUGCUCUUUUAUUGGUCUAGAAACUCGCGCCACCUAUUCAACCAAUCAGAUUCAAAACGUGAACCAUUGACGUCUUGGUCACUCGCAUUUCCCCGCGCUUGCAACUGAUUGUAUUUGUGUGUGUUGAGUUCUCAUUGACCCAUUCUGAUUGGCCGUAGUUUUCACGUAGGGUUUAUCAACCCUCUGUCAAAAGGCGCAAUAGCUGCAUUAUUGAUUCAAUUUUUCAAAAUUUUUGAUAGCACUGUGGCAACAUUUCGUUUGAGCAUUAAGGUAGUAGAUUCAUAUUUCCAGGUCAAAUAACUGUCAGUUAUUGGGAUUGGGUUAAGAAUCAGUUAUUUCAUAAGAUUCAAUCAUGUGAUGUCUGUUGUAUUGUGUUUAGAGCACGGCCUCAAGGGUAGCAGUUCAGGAGAGUCAAAUCAAAUCUCCACUGGAGAAGCACCACGCUGAUGCUGUUGUCAACUUCCUUCUUAGGAUAGCUUGCCAGGUAAAACCCUGAUUCUAAGCAGGUGAACCAGGAAACUGCCGGGGAAAUUUAAGGGGGAGGGAUGGAGAGGGCCUUUUAUGAACUGGCAUCCCGUCCAGGGUUUAUAGCCAUAAUCUUAGUUUGUAAGCUGAUUUAAUGUAGUUUUUAACUCGGAAAAUGGCUGAAAGCAAUUUCUGAGUUAUUGUUUACAUGUGAGUUUAUCUGUGAGUUCGGUUGUCGUCCUAGGUGAAUGAACCAUCGACUACUAUGGGAUCCCCUGGUGAAACUCUUUCCCGCCGAUGUGUAGUCCUCCUGAAAACUGCAUUGAAACCAGAUGUGUGGCCAGGUGAGUGACAAGGGGUGGAGCCUGUACAGUUUAAGUGACAAGGGGUGGAGCCUGUACAGUUUGAGUGUCAAGAGAUGGAGCGUAUACAGUUUGAGUGAUAAGAGGUGGAGCCUAUACAGCUUGAGUGACAAGAGGGAGAUUAUGUUAAGCUUAUAUGACAAGAGAUAAAGCAGGAAAAUUUUAAUUGACAAGAAGCUGAAAAAAGAUCAAGGUCGAGUGACAGGGUUUAAACCUAAGACUUUUGUUGAAAAUAGGGUGAAGCAUAUAGAAUUCGAUUACCAUGAUGGGGAAAAUAUGAACCGUUUUCCUUUGUUGUAGGUACUGAUCUGCGGGUUGGAUGGCUGGACAAAAUUUUAGUUACUGUGGUACGUACUAUGAUAUUUUCUUGGAAUCAUCAAGCAUUGUUUGCUGGGAUCUUUGACUUGGUUUUCGAAAAUUGUUUUUUUCAUAUAUACGUUUUCAGUACUGAUCUUCUUUUAAUCUUUUAGGAUCAAACGCCUGCCGCCAAUUAUGCUAACGUGUGCACAGCUAUUGAGAUAUUGACUUAUCUACUGUCAGUUUUGGUAAGUGGAAAAUAUUUGAAUGUUUUAUAAUGGCACCAUGUUCUGUAUAUCAGCAAUUUGUUGAUAAGAUUUCUAUCCGGUGAUUGGCUGUUUCCUUAUUACUCAUUACUUUUCAAGGAAGUCGUUUAAUUUUUCUUUGCUGUUUCUUUCAGCCGCAGCAAACCAUCCUAACUCUGUUUAAACCUCUUCAAAGAGGAAUUGCUACCUGUAUGACUUGCCAGAACACAAAGGUACUCGUUUUUAAUUUCUGUUUUUGUAAUAGAAGUGUACUGUAAAUUGUUUAACCUAUUUUGUCAUCUUGAAUGUAGGGGUAAGUGAUUGAGCGAUUGUGCGCACGUGUGUGUACAAAGGGUUAUUGGGUGGAUGAAUAGGUGAGUUGGUGAAUGGGUUUUCGUAAAUACACAGAUCCACAGCGCGUGUGUAAAUCAUUUUGUGAAGACAGGGAGUUGGGAUAAGGAGUGAAAUUGAGCCAAGGGAAACGAAAAACGAGGAAUGAGGAAUGAUGAACGGGAAAUGGUAAAGGAGUGGGAUAUGAGAAAUUCAAAUUAUCUUUGAUUGUAUGCAUUUAAUGUGGAAUAUGACAGUUUACGUCAGGUAAUAUAGCGCUCUGUUAAACAUGAAGAGACAAGCGUGCAUCACGGCCUUGACAGCACCACCCAUUUAACGCAAUGCAGACCUAUUUUUGUUUGCAUUUUAAAGUUACUCUGCUGGGUCACGAGAUUUUGUGCGCACUUCAGUAUUCUUCGUGUGUGUCAAAAAAACUCGACUAGCGAAUGUAACGAUUUUGUGUAACAGAGAACAUGUACGGGAACUCGUUCCGAUGCUCUACCACUGAGCCACAGAGACUCUACGGUGAGCGAGGUCUAUUACGAAGUUCAUAUGACACGCGUCCUGCAUACUGCUAAGAUUAGCAAAAGAUGUUGAACACUACUUGAUGUGUUCAGUUCUGCGCACAAAUUACAAUAAGUAUUGUAUGUUUUUCUCUGUAGGUUAUACGUGCCAUUCACACUCUUCUCGCCAGAUUGAUGACGUUGUUUCCCUUGGAAUCAAGUAAAUAUUUAGCCCUUUUUUUAUCUCUUCAGUGUUUGAUUCACAUGCUAUUUUCUUAAAAAUUGCGUUAGUAACUAAACCUACGUAUGGAAUUUCCUCUUUAGGUGCAGCAGCUUCAAAAUAUGAUGAAUUAGAAACCUUGUACGGAAACGUCGGCAAAGUAAUAUUUGACGGCCUCACAAACUACGAGAGGUAUUCAUGUUUUUCCUGUUGGAAAAUUUAAAACCAUACAUCAUUUCUGUGAACUGUGUGUUGUAACUUUAUGGAUCAUUUUUGUUGUGCACGUUUUAGGUCGGCCAAUGGAGCAACAUCUAUUUUCUACGGGCCUUUGAUGAUGUUGAAAGCAGCUUGUAUGAACAAUCCUUCAUACAUUGAUCGGUAAGGUUACAUUUAUUUGAUUGCCCAGCCAGCUACAAGGAAUUUUUUUGUAUCUUAUGUAUUUUCAUGACCAGAUGCACUUUAAAUUCAUUUUGUUUGCACCUAUUGUAAGACCGCGUUAUCUUCAUCUAGUGUUAUUCAGGUUUUUUUUUUUCCCUGAUUGCUUAAAUUAUAUUCUUCACUAUUUCUUUUGCAUUUUCCUCUAGUUUGAUGACUCAGUUUUUCAAAGCAUUGCAACGAAUGCACAAGGAUCAUAUUAAUGCUGUGCUCGGAGAAAGCACAGGUAUUUUUUUGUUAGAAAAAGUUUAUUCCUCACUGAGAUAUUUUUAAAUAAAUUGUUGCGAGGGGGGGAAUGCUAUUCCAAGUCGCUUCAUGUAAACCCUUUACACGCUAACAUCAGUAUGCAAACUCCCCAUACUAUGCUCUAUACAUUUCUUAAGGUGCUGACAAGGAGAAUUUCUUUAACAAUCAAGAGCUUUUUCAGUUGGUGAUCAUUUCCUUUAUUCUCGUAACCUAAAUUUGUGAUUCGGGGAUGAUAUUGUAAGGAGAAAUUUGGUGCUAAUCACUCUAAGGGGUUAAAGGGUUAGGGAAACUGGGAUAAGCCUCGGCUGAAUGAGCAACAUGGCUCGAGUACAGACUUCACUUAUCUAUGGUUUGGCCAACGUAAUUUCGUUUGUUGUCUUCUCUCUUCUUAGGUGCAAGUGAUAUGUUGAUUCUGUGUCUGGAGUUGAUCCGUGGCCGACUCGGAGUUAUGAGCGCCGAGAUUAGAAAAUUGUUCUUUAUCAUUCUCACGACACUGAUUGAAAAAUCACCCGUAAGUACACAAAUUGUUUUGAGAUUUUUGCAAAUCUUGCUAACCCUCGUAGAUUGUCAAAUUGUGUCAGAGUGAAAAUCAAGGAGUUACAUUUCAUGAAGAAUUUUCAUCUGUUAAAGAAAUUCUUGCCUGUACCAUUGCACUCUCCUGUACAACUUUGAUGUAAACAUAGCUACUUCUAAUCCACACAUAUUUUUCCGUUCAGGAUUCAAAACUUCUUCGCGCCAUCACGAAGUUUGUAGAGGACUGGAUAAAGACCAAAAUGGUAAACUCGCAAAAUGACAUUACGAAACAUUUUUCUUGUAAUUUUACUUUAUACUUAAGGUCUAUGCUUCAUUUUAGACGCAAAUGACGAUUCAGCGGUUGCCCACUCUAAGAGAGAAGUCCUUGCUACUGGUGCGGAUGAUGGCUAAUUACGAGAAGAGAUUCCCUGAGGAUUUUGAACUCCAAGCGCAGUUUUUAGAGCUUGUUAAUUACGUCUAUAGGUAGGAAGACGAUAAAUCUUGCUGAGAUCUCACUAUUCUCUGAUAGCUACCAUACAUUUCUUUGUAAAUAUUCUGCCUUUUGAGCUUUAUUUCUUUCUCUGUUGCAGAGAUGAGACUUUAGUUAGCACCGAACUGGCUUCAAAACUUGAGCCUGCAUUCCUGUCAGGAUUGCGGUGUAUCCAACCACAGAUCCGGUCAAGAUUUAUGGAGGUAACGUGUUUAUAUAACCUGCCCUUACCCCUCCCUCCCACCUCAACAUUAAAAUUCUCGUCCCUGCUGCGUUACAUUUUAUGUUAUGUCGAAAAGUAGAAUCUCGCGUGACAUAAAAACACUAUUUUAUUUCAGUGUUACUUGUUAUAAAAAACGUGUGAUGAAGAAGUCUAAUAAUGAUUUUAAUUUUAGGAACCAGUCAAACCAGUCAUUAUUUAUUGCUGGGGGGGACGGAUUUUUUUUGGGGGGGGAGGGAACGGAGGGGGAGGGGGAUCAUUAGAAUACUAUAGAGCCUCAGGGGGGAAAUUUUAUUGUGACAGAACCAAAAUUCUCUGGGUCCCCUCCCUCUCUUCCACACUCCCCCCCCCCUCUCGGGGAUAAAUGUGGACCGGUGCCUUAAUGACAAUAAGCGAGAAAGUGUAUCGCUUUAACUUUCUAGUUGACACACUUGAAUAAACAUUGGUUAUUGUUAUUUGUGACAGGUUUUUGAUAAAACCAUGAAGAAGAAGCUGUAUGAUCGACUGCUUUAUGUCUUCUGUUCUCAGGUAGAAUUGAUGCUCGGCGCUUUCUGUGUUGUAGUUGAAACACUUUGUUGUACUUAAAAGCUAACAGCGCACUUUCACUUUUUCUCCAACAGAACUGGGAAGCAAUGGGUCAUCACUUCUGGAUUAAACAAUGUAUCGAGGUAGGAAAUGGACUGUUGGUAAUCAAAAGAAAAAGAUGUCGAUCAUCGAGCUCUGUUCGGUUCAUUUUGUUGUGUUCUGAGGCAAGACUCUGUCUCUCACCGUGCCUCUCUCUCCAUCUUGGAUUAUAGACGAUAUCGGUGAAAUGUCAAGGAGAUCAGACAUCUUUUUGGUCAAUAUCAGUAUCUGAGCACCCGCGCGCCUACCCCUCCCCUGACCCAACUUGUUAUCAGUUUGAUGUUCUCGAGUUAGGGGAGAGGUAGUUGAACAGGAGCCCAUAUACUGACUUUGUUCCCAAAUUUUUGCGGAAGGUUGGGUAACCUGCGUCCUAGCAUCCAGGAAGAGUAGUAAUAUUGCUGGUCGCCUCAAGCUAUGUACGUGUACUGUUCCUUUUUUUUAGCUUCUCCUAGCUGUGUCUGCAUGCGAGAGACCUGUAACACCCUCCAGUACAUUCAGCAUGCUUCCUUCGGUGACAUCGUUCCUUCGGUCUGCCGACAACCAAUCAGGUAAAGAAAUUCUUGCGCAUGCUCAGCGACAGAAGACCGCUGUCCCUGAGGAUAGUAAAGAAGAAAAUAUGGAAACAGACAGCAGCGCUGCUUCAGAAAACAAGAAGGAGAAAGAUGACUCUCGUUAUCUCUUUGAGAUCGAUAAUUCCGAGGUACAUAAGCAAGUAAAGCAAUACAUUUUUUUGAAAGAUUAAGGCUUUUGGAUAUCAAAAGCAUAGUCUCAUAAUUGUUAUAGCCUUUCAAUCCCAGGACCUCCUUCCUUUCUGUCUGCCAUACAAUUUUUAUGACGUUAGUUCGAGAACUUUGUAUUUGAUCAACUAAUAAUCCCCUUAUUGCUAUUUUUCUUUAUUCCCAUCACUUUUCUGUUUGAUAUUGUAUGGGUAUGCGAAGAGAAAUUCUGUUUUGGUCACUUAUGGGAGUUUAAAGGUUAACUCAGACAGAGAUAACCUUUGUUUUUCCUUUGCUGUUGUAGCAACUUCUCAGCGCUUUGGACAAAGGUUUUCCCGUCAGUCGAACAAAAGAGAGAGACGCUGUCAAGUUACUGGCUGAAAAACACGGAAAAUUCAUGGACAAGCUGCGUGAGGUCAAGGUACAAAUUGCUUUUGAUCUUAGCUACAGAAACAUGCUCCCUGGCUAUACUGUACAUGCUACCGACCCAAACCUCUCUCGUUUUUUCACUUCUCCACUUCUAUCGCGCCGUUUACCAUAAUCGCGCUUUGUUUUACUCACUAAAUGUCUGGAACGGGCUAAGGAAGUGUCGCAAAAAUUUAUGUCAAAGAUUAUGGCCUCAAAAACCUCUUUUGAGCUUACGCUGCAUGUUAUUUUAAACGUUAGCCAAGUCGAAGCUGAACGGAGGUGGUUGAAUGCUCUGUCGUUCUUUUUCUUCUUUAGACCGCAUCGUUCCUGGGACCCAUGGCUCAGUUGUGCCACAAGUACUCCAACCUGGCACAUACUGUGUGGAUAGACCUGUUCCCACAGCUGUGGAAUCUGCUGACUGAGAAACAACAACAAGUAAGCUGAUGUUGCUGUUUCAUUGCUCCAAAGGCUACAAAUCACUGCGCGCGCCCUCAGCUGGCUUUGAAACUUGUCAGUCGAGACAACCAAUCCUAAUACUACAAUUAGCAAGCAAACAUUAGAAUGCGUUUGCAAAUUGUUAUUCAAGACAUAGCGGUCAAUCGAGACACUGCAUUUAAGAAGUGAAACUUAAUCCCGAGCAAACAACAAGCGCGCAUCACAGUUUGGUUGCACUUUAGACCUAAACUUGCCAAAUAAGAUCAAGUUAUAUUCUAAGUUUAGCAAACCACAAUCACCUUGUUAUCUAUAAGUCAUGUCUUUUUUUUCCCGUCCCGCUUGUUUUCCAGGUUCUAGCGGGUGAGAUCAGUCCGUUUAUGUGUAGUGGAAGUCAUCAGGCCCAAGUGGAUACAUUUCCCAGUUCAGUUCACACCAUACUGGAAGGUGUCUCUAAGUGUAACCCAGCUGUUCCCAUUCGACCCUGUAUACUCAAGGUAGGAUUACGCCUUCAUAUUCACGUAACUAACGUAGAACGGCUACGCUGUACGCCACUGUUCUCGAAUCUUCCAAAAUUCGGUUCGACUCUUUACGUGCGUUAUUUGCAACCCGUUUUAAUCUCGACAUACGGUUAUGGGAGGACAAAAAUGGCGUGCCACAUAAUAAGAGGCGGUUUGAUUGAGUAUCGUCAGAUCAGAGCAAGAGUAAACAUCGCAAGAAGCCAAUCAGAACUUAGAUUGAAUAAAGUAAAUGUUGCCGGCUUUAAGCGCUGGAAAACUGGAGUAACCAAGUUAAAUAUCUCAUCAGUGGGGAGGGCAGUGCGAGUUUUAUUUACCAAUCACAGCGCGUAGUCGAGCAAAACCAAGACAGUCCCGGAUCGCUUUCUACACUCGGUUGAAAAAUUGUUCCAUGAGAGUGUGAUUUCAGUUAAGCUUGUUUUUAGAAGUUUCUUUUUAUCUUGUUUUGUAGUAUCUUGGUAAAACGCACAACUCGUGGCAUCGUUCAGGACUUAUGUUGGAGGACUAUGCCAGUUUGUGUGAAGAAUAUUCCAAUCAUCAGAUAACACAUCAACAACAACAAGUCAUUGAUUUUUCGCCGUUUGAAGAAGACCCGUCAGAGAUUAACCAACAUGUAUGUUAUAAACCAUGCAAUAAGCUUCUUUUGUUAUUCUUAAAUUCCUCUUGACAUCGCCACCUCUGACUCAGAGAUUGUUACAGGCCUGAUUUUGAAUGGAUUUGAGAGAGAUUUGAAAACAAUAUCGCUUUUGUUGGUUCAUUAUCGAUAACGUUCAUUGCAAUGCUUUAAAAACGUUUUGCUGAUGUUUCAAUUCGUUUUUCUUAUUAACGAGUCUCUGUUAUCGCAGGUGAAACGAAUGCGUUUCUUUCUUUUGAUGUUUGUCAAAGUAAGGGCUGUAAGGCAAAGGGAGAGCAGUAUAGGAGAGACAGAAACGUCCGUAGUUUUGGUUAAUGAUAAACGAGAACUGUGAAGAAACAGAGAAGGCGUUAAGUAAACUUCCUUCACUAAAAACGUAUGGUAGUUGUUGACACUCAUGCGAGGUAUUGUUUCUUUGUUGUGAUCAGGAAACUCUUGACGCCUUAGCGGAGAUGUACUCAUUACUAAAUGAAGAAGACAUGUGGGCUGGUCUGUGGCAGCAGCGCUGUCGGUAUCCUGAGACAGCCACUGCUAUCGCGUAUGAGACCCAGGGCUUCUAUGAACAGGCACAGUCUGCUUACGAAGUGGUACGUGAAAUCAUGUAUAGUCAACCAAGCUCUUAAGUUUGCGCCUUAAGAAUCUGCAUAUUUUUUUUCAAGGUGCCAUCAGUUUUAAUCUUCUCCAUCGUUCCCAAUCCUUCUUACUUCUUGGUUUAUUGUUACCUUUCUUGUGUUUUUUAUAUAUUUUUUAUAUUUUGCGUUAUCGUUCAAAGUGGAAAUUAUUCUGCAUUGCUAAAAGAGGCUAUUCACUAUUUGUUUUCUGGUUUGUUUGACUGUUACGUUGGCAUCUCGCGCACUAUUUGUUCUCGGCUUUGUUUAACUGUUACGUUGCUCUCUCGCGCACUAUUUGUUUUCGGGUUUGUUUAACUGUUAUGUUGGUAUCUCGCGCACUAUUUGUUUUCUGGUUUCUUUAACUGUUAAGUUGGUAUCUCGCGCACUAUUUGUUUUCUGGUUUGUUAAACUGUUACGUUAAUAUCUCGCGCACUAUUUGUUUUCUGGUUUGUUUACAUGAUACCUUGCUAUCACACGAACUAUUUGUUUUCUGGUUAUUUUGACUGUUAUGUUGGUAUCUCGCGCACUAUUUGUUUUCUGGUUUCUUUAACUGUUACGUUGGUAUCUCGCGCACUAUUUGUUUUCUGGUUUGUUAAACUGUUACGUUAAUAUCUUGCGCACUAUUUGUUUUCUGGUUUGUUUACAUGAUACCUUGGUAUCUCGCGCACUAUUUGUUUUCUGGUUUGUUAAACUGUUACGUUGAUAUCUUGCGCACUAUUUGUUAAACUGUUACGUUGAUAUCUCGCACAGUAUUUGCUCUCUGGUUUGUUUAACUGUUACGUUGGUAAUUCGCCCACUAAUUGUUUUUUGGUUUGUUCAACUGUUACGUUGGCAUCUCGCGCAGUGUUCCUCUUUCAGUUUGAUUAACUGUUACGUUGAUAUCUCGCGCACUAUUUAUUUUCUGGUUUGUUUAACUGUUACGUUGGAAUCUCCCGCACUUGCGCACUAUUUGUUUUCUAGUUUCUUUAACUAUUACGUUAAUGGGUUGCGCACUAAUUGUUUUUCUGCUUUGUUUAACUAUUAUGUUGGCAUGUUGCGCACUAUUUGUUUUCUACUUUCUUCACCUAUUGCGUUGGUGUGUUGCGUAUUAUUUGUUUUCUCCUUUCUUAAGCUAUUACGUUGGUGUGUUGCGCACUUUUUGUUUUAUACUUUCUUUAACUAUCACGUUGGUAUGUUGCGCACUAUUUCUUUUCUACUUUCUCUGACUAUUACGUUUGUGUAUUGCGCACUAUUUCUUUUCUACUUUUAACUGCUACGUUGGUGUGUUGCGCACUAUUUGUUUUCUAUUUUCUUUGGCUAUUACUUUGGUGUGUUACGCACUAUUUGUUUUCUACUUUCUCUACCUAUUACGUUGGUGUGUUGCGCACUAUUUGUUUUCUACUUUCUUUACCUAUUACGUUGGUGUGUUGCGCACUAUUUGUUUUCUACUUUCUUUACCUAUUACGUUGGUGUGUUACGCACUAUUUGUUUUCUACUUUCUUUAUCUAUUACGUUGGUGUGUUGCGCACUAUUUGUUUUCUACUUUCUUUAUCUAUUACGUUGGUGUGUUGCGCACUAUUUUGUUUCUACUUUAUCUAUUACGUUGGUGUGUCGCGCACUAUUUGUUUUCUACUUUCUUUAACUAUUACGUUGGUGUGUUGCGCACUAUUUUGUUUCUACUUUAUCUAUUACGUUGGUGUGUUGCGCACUAUUUGUUUUCUUCUUUCUUUAUUUAUUACGUUGGUGUGUUGCGCACUAUUUGUUUCUACUUUCUCUAAUAAUUACGUUGGCAUGUUGCGCACUACUUUGUUUCUACUUUCUCUCACUAUUACGUUGGUGUGUGGUGCACUAUUUGGUUUCUACUUUCUUUGACUAAUACGUUGGUGUUGUGUGCACUAUUUGUUUUCUACUUUAACUAUUAUGUUGGUGUCGUGCACACUAUUUGUUUUCUUCUUUCACUAAUACGUUGGUGUUUUGCGCACUAUUUGUUUUCUACUUUAACUAUUAUGUUGGUGUGUUGCGCACUAUUUGGUUUCUACUUUCUUUAACUUUUACGUUCGUUUGUUGUCCACUAUUUGUUUCCUACUUUCUUGAACUAGUACGUUGGCAUGUUGCGCACUAUUUGUUUUCUAGUCUCUUUAGCUCUUACGUUGGUGUGUUGCGCACUAUUUGUUUUCUACUUUUACUAUAACGUUGGUGUGUUGCGUACUAUUUGUUUUCUACUUUUAGUAUUACGUUGGUGUUUUGCGCGCUAUUUGUUUUCUACUUUGACUAUUACGUUGGUGUUUUGCGCACUAUUUCUUUUCUACUUUCACUCUAACGUUGAUAUUUUGCGCACUAUUUGUUUUCUACUUUCACUAUUACGUUGGUGUUUUGCGCACUAUUUGUUUUUUUCUUUAACUAUUACGUUGGUGUAUUGCACACUAUUUGUUUUCUACUUUUACUAUUGCGUUGUUGUAUUGCACUCUAUUUGUUUUCUGCUUUAACUGUUACGUUGGUGUUUUGCGCACUAUUUGUUUUCUACUUUUACUACUACGUUGGUGUUUUGCGCACUAUUUUGCUUUCUACUUUCACUAUAACGUUGGUGUUUUGCGCACUAUUUGUUUUCUACUUUUACUACUACGUUGGUGUAUUGCACACUAUUUGUUUUCUACUUUUACUAUUACGUUGGUGUAUUGCACACUAUUCGUUUUCUGCUUUAACUAUUACGUUGGUGUUUUGCGCACUAUUUGCUUUAUACUUUCACUAUAACGUUGGUGUUUUGCGCACUAUUUGUUUUACACUUUAACUAUUACGUUGAUGUUUUGCGCACUAUUUCGUUUCUACCUUCACUAUAACGUUGGUGUUUUUUUCACUAUUUGUUUUCUACUUUAACUACUACGUUGCUGUUUUGCGCACUAUUUGUUUAAUACUUUCACUAUAUCGUUGGUGUUUUGUGCACUAUUUGUUUUCUACUUUUACUAUUAUGUUGGUGUUUUGCGCACUAUUUGUUUUCUAAUUUUACUAUCACGUUGGUGUAUUGCGCACUAUUUGUUUUCUACUUUUACUAUUAUGUUGGUGUUUUGCGCACUAUUUGUUUUCUACUUUUACUAUUACGUUAGUGUAUUGCACACUAUUUGUUUUCUACUUUUACUAACACGUUGAUGUUUUGCGCACUAUUUGUUUUCUAAUUUUACUAUUACGUUGGUGUUUUGCGCACAAUUUGUUUUCUACUUUUACUAUAACUGGUGUUUUGCGCACCAUUUGUUUUUUACUUUUACUAUUACGUUGGUGUUUUACGCACUAUUUGUUUUCAACUUUGACUAUUACGUUGGUAUUUUGCGCACUAUUUGUUUUCUACUCUCACUAAUACGUGGGUUUUUUGCGCACUAUUCGUUUUCUAUUUUUACUAUUACGUCGGUGUUUUGCGCACUAUUGGUUUUCUGCUUUUACUAUUACGUUGGUGUAUUGCGCACUAUUUGUUUUCUACUUUUACUAUUAUGUUGGUGUUUUGCACACCAUUUGUUUUCAGCUUUUACUAUUACGUUAGUGUGUUGCGCACCAUUUGUUUUCUACUUUCGCUAAUACGUUGGUGUUUUGCGCUCUAUUUGUUUUCUACUUUAAGUAUUAGGUGGGUGUUUUGCGCACUAAUUGUUUUCUACUUUCGGUUUUACGUGGGUGUUUUGCGCACUAUUUGUUUUCUACUUUCACUAUUACUUUGAUGUUUUGCGCAUUAUUUGUUUUCUACUUUAACUAUUACGCUGGUGUGUUGCGCACCAUUUGUCUUCUACUUUAACUUUUACGUUGGUGUUUUUUGCACCAUUUGUUUUCUACUUUAAAUAUUACGUGGGUGAUUUGCGCACUAAUUGUUUUCUACUUUCAUUUUUACGUUCGUGUUUUGCGCACUAUUUGUUUUCUUCUUUCACUAUUUGAUGUUUUGCGCAUGCGUUGGUGUUUUGCGCACUAUUUGUUUUCUACUUUAAGUAUUACGUGGGUGUUUUGCGCACUAAUUGUUUUCUACUUUCACUUUUACGCUGGUGUUUUGCGCACUAUUUGUUUUCUACUUUCACUAUUACGUUGGUAUUUUGCGCACUAUUUGUUUUCUACUCUCACUAAUACGUGGGUUUUUUGCGCACUAUUAGUUUUCUACUUUUACUAUUACGUUGGUGUUUUGCGCACUAUUUGUUUUCUACUUUUCCUAUUACUUUGGUGUGUUGCGCCCCUAUUUGUUUUCUACUUUUACUAUUACGUUGGUGUUUUGCGCACUAUUUGUUUUCUACUUUAACUAUUGCGUUGGUAUUUUGCGCACUAUUUGUUUUCAACUCUCACUAAUACGUGGGUUUUUUACGCACCAUUUGUUUUCUACUUUCGCUAAUACAUUGGUGUUUUGCACACUAUUUGUUUUCUACUUUAAGUAUUACGGUGGUGUUUUGCGCACUCAUUCUUUUCUACUUUCACUUUUACAUGGGUGUUUUGCGCACUAUUUAUUUUCUACUUUCGCUAUUACUUUGAUGUUUUGCACACUAUUUGUUUUCUAAUUUAAGUAUUACGUGGGUGUUUUGCGCACUAAUUGUUUUCUAGUUUCACUUUUACGUUGGUGUUUUGCGCACUAUUUGUUUUCUACUUUCACUAUUACUUUGAUGUUUUGCGCAUUAUAUGUUUUCUACUUUAACUAUUACGUUGGUGUGUUGCGCACCAUUUGUUUUCUACUUCUAAUACGUUGGUGUUUUGCACACUAUUUGUUUUCUAAUUUAAGUAUUACGUGGGUGUUUUCGCACUAAUUGUUUUCUAGUUUCACUUUUAUGUUGGUGUUUUGCGCACUAUUUGUUUUCUACUUUCACUUUUACUUUGAUGUUUUGCGCAUACGUUGGUGUUUUGCGCACUAUUUGUUUUCUGCUUUAAGUAUUACGUGGGUGUUUUGCGCACUAAUUGUUUUCUACUUUCACUUUUACGCUGGUGUUUUACGCACUAUUUGUUUUCUACUUUCACUAUUACGUUGGUGUGUUGCGCACCAUUUCUUUUCUACUUUCGCUGAUACGUUGGUGUUUUGCGCACUAUUUGUUUUCUGCUUUUACUAUUACGUUGGUGUGUUGCGCACCAUUUCUUUUCUACUUUCGCUGAUACGUGGGUUUUUUGCGCACUAAUUGUUUUCUACUUUCACUUUUACGUUGGUGUUUUGCGCACUAUUUGUUUUCUGCUUUAAGUAUUACGUGGGUGUUUUGCGCACUAAUUGUUUUCUACUUUCACUUUUACGCUGGUGUUUUACGCACUAUUUGUUUUCUACUUUCACUAUUACGUUGGUGUGCUGCGCACCAUUUCUUUUCUACUUUCGCUGAUACGUUGGUGUUUUGCGCACUAUUUGUUUUCUGAUUUUACUAUUACGUUGGUGUGUUGCGCACCAUUUCUUUUCUACUUUCGCUGAUACGUGGGUUUUUUGCGCACUAUUCGUUUUCUACUUUUACUAUUACGUUGGUGUUUUGCGCACUAUUUGUUUUCUGCUUUUACUAUUACGUUGGUGUGUUGCGCACCAUUUCUUUUCUACUUUCGCUGAUACGUUGGUGUUUUGCGCACUAUUUGUUUUCUACCUUAAAUAUUACGUGGGUGUUUUGCGCACUAAUUGUUUUCUUUCACAUUUACGUUGGUGUUUUACGCACUAUUUGUUUUCUACUUUCACUGUUACUUUGAUGUUUUGCGCAUCAUUUUUUUUCUACUUUAACUAUUACGUUGGUGUGUUGUGCACUAUUUGUUUUCUACUUUAACCAUUGCAUUGGCGUUUUGCGCACUAUUUGUUUUCUUGACUUAUUACGUUGGUGUUUUGCGCACUAUUUGUUUUCUGCUUUAAGUAUUACGUGGGUGUUUUGCGCUCUAAUUCUUUUCUACUUUCACUUCUACGCUGGUGUUUUGGGCACUAUUUGUUUUCUACUUUUACUAUUACGUUGGUGUGUUGUGCACUAUUUGUUUUCUACUUUAACUAUUACGUUGGUGUGUUGCGCACCAUUUGUUUUCUACUUUUACUAUUACGUUGGUGUUUUACGCACUAUUUGUUUUUUACUUUAACUAUUACAUUGGUAUUUUGCGCACUAUUUGUUUUCUACUCUCACUAAUACGUGGGCUUUUUGCGCACUAUUGGUUUUCUGCUUUUAGUAUUACGUUGGUGUUUUGCGCACUAUUGGUUUUCUGCUUUUACUAUUACGUUAUAAUAAUAAUAAUAAGGACUUUAUUUAUAGAGGGGGACACGUAACAGCUGAAAAGCUGACAAACCUGUGGCCCUCUAACUAGAUUAUACAGCAUUACAAAAUAAUACUAAUAAAUAGAUAAAUAUACAAAUAAUUACAAAAUUCUAUGAUAGAAAUAGCAGGAUAUAUUAAAAAUAUUCAGAAAGAUAAAAUUAAUUUAUAAAAAUUAAAAUUAGAUAAUGUGCUAUUGCUUAAUAUUGUUUCAAAGUUGUCCAGGUUUCUAUAUGAGCUUAUAAAAUACUUUUUCACAGCUGUUUUGAAUAGUUUUAUACUAGGCUUAUUUUUGAUAUUAUGGGGAAGGCUGUUCCAUAACUUAACUGCGUCAACACUGAAUGCCUUGCCACCAUCGUUAUUUCUUAGGUAUUUGGGACACACUAAAUUUAAAUUGCCAUGUCUAGUAGACCUAUUGUGUACAGAACUGUUCGUCUUGAGCAAGUCUCUGAUGUAAAUCGGAACAUCGCCUUUAAGGCUCUUAAAAAUCAUUGUACACUUAUUUAGUUUGAUUUCAUCAAAAAAAGGCAACCAGCCUAGUUUACUAAAGUUUAUAACACUUCUAGAAUAAGAGUCAACUCCAAGGAUUACUCGGGCAGCCCUUUUCUGUAACCUUAGGAGACAGUGGAGUUCUUUAGCGUCGCAGAUAUUCCAAACCAUGCUCCCAUACAUAAGGACGGGUUUAAUCAAGGCGUUAUAGUAUAAGAGUCUUUCUUUUAUUGGAAGGUACCUCUUUAUCUUCUUCAAUAAACCAAUACGCUGAGAAAGCUUGGCCUUUAGACUAGAAAUGUGGUCGCUAAAUGUAAGAUCUUGAUCGAGUGUUACACCAAGCAAUUUAUAAGAAGUUACUUGUUCUAUUUCGGCCCCAUCAAGGGUUAUUGACAGGUGAUUGCCUUCCGCUAAUGAUGAAUGUAGCCUCUUUCCGGUGAUAAGUAACGUUGGUGUGUUGAGCACUAUUUGUUUUCUACUUUUACUAUUACGUUGGUGUUUUGCGCACUAUUUGUUUUCUGCUUUUACUAUUACGUUGGUGUGUUGCGCACCUUUUGUUUUCUACUUUCGCUAAUACGUUGGUGUUUUGCGCACUAUUUGUUUUCUACUUUAAGUAUUACUUGGGUGUUUUGCGCACUAAUUGUUUUUUACUUUCGCUUUUGCGUGGGUGUUUUGCGCACUAUUUGUUUUCUACUUUCACUAUUACUUUGAUGUUUUGCGCAUUAUUCGUUUUCUACUUUAACUAUUACGUUGGUGUGUUGCGCACCAUUUGUUUUCUACUUUACCUAUUACGUUGGUGUUUUGCGCACCAUUUGUUUUCUUCUUUAACUAUUACGUUGGUGUUUUGCGCACUAUUUGUUUUCUACUUUAAGUAUUACGUGGGUGUUUUGCGCACUAAUUGUUUUCUACUUUUACUAUUACGUUAGUGUGUUGCGCACUAUUUGUUUUCUACUUUUACUAUUACGUUGGUGUUUUGCUACUAUUUGUUUUCUACUUUUACUAUUACGUUGGUGUUUUGCGCACUUUUUGUUUUCUGCUUUUACUAUUACGUUAGUGUUUUGCGCACGAUUCGUUUUCUACUUUAACUAUUACGUUGGUGUUUUGCGCACCAUUUGUUUUCUACUUUACCUAUUACGUUGGUGUUUUGCGCACCAUUUGUUUUCUUCUUUAACUAUUACGUUGGUGUUUUGCGCACUAUUUGUUUUCUACUUUAAGUAUUACGUGGGUGUUUUGCGCACUAAUUGUUUUCUACUUUUACUAUUACGUUAGUGUGUUGCGCACUAUUUGUUUUCUACUUUUACUAUUACGUUGGUGUUUUGCUACUAUUUGUUUUCUACUUUUACUAUUACGUUGGUGUUUUGCGCACUUUUUGUUUUCUGCUUUUACUAUUACGUUAGUGUUUUGCGCACGAUUCGUUUUCUACUUUAACUAUUUUGUUGGUGUUUUGCGCACUAUUUGUUUUCUACUUUAACUAUUACGUUGGUGUUUUGCGCACUAUUUGUUUUCUACUUUUACUAUUACGUUGCGCACUGUUGCGCACUAUUUGUUUCCUACUUUUACUAUUACGUUGUUGUUUUACGCACUUUUUGUUUUCUACUUUAACUAUUACGUUGGUGUGUUGCGCACCAUUUGUUUUCUACUUUCACUAUUGCGUUGGUGUUUUGCGCACUAUUCGUUUACUACUUUUACUAUUACGUUGGUGUUUUGCGCACUAUUUGUUUUCUGCUUUUACUAUUACGUUGGUGUGUUGCACACCAUUUCUUGUCUACUUACGCUAAUACGUCGGUGUUUUGCGCACUAUUUGUUUUCUACUUUCGCUAUUACUUUGAUGUUUAGCGCAUACGUUGGUGUUUUGCACACUAUUUGUUUUCUACUUUCACUAUUACGUUGGUAUUUUGCGCACUAUUUGUUUUCUACUCUCACUAAUACGUGGGUUUUUAGUGCACUAUUUGUUUUCUACUUCCACUAUUACGUUGGUGUUUUGCGCACUUUUUGUUUUCUACUCUAACUAUUACGUUGGUGUUUUGCCCACUAUUUGUUUUCUAUUUUAACUAGUACGUUGGUGUGUUGCGCACCAUUUGUUUUCUACUUUAACUAUUACGUUGGUGUUUUGCGCACUAUUUGUUUUUGUCUUUAACUAUUACGUUGGUGUUUUGCGCACUAUUUGUUUUCUACUUUAACUUUUAAGUUGGUGUGUUGCGCACCAUUUGUUUUCUACUUUCAUUACGUUGGUGUUUUGCGCACUAUUUGUUUACUACUUUUACUAUUACGUUGGUGUUUUGCGCACUAUUUGUUUUCUGCUUUUACUAUUACGUUGUUGUGUUGCGCACCAUUUCUUUUCUACUUUCGCUAAUACGUCGGUGUUUUGCGCACUAUUUGUUUUCUACUUUCACUAUUACUUUGAUGUUUAGCGCAUACGUUGGUGUUUUGCGCACUAUUUGUUUUAAACUCUCACUAAUACGUGGGUUUUUUGCGCACGAUUUGUUUUCUACUUUCACUAUUACGUUGGAGUUUUGCGCACUAUUUGUUUUAUACAUUCACUGAUACGUUAGUGAUUUGGGCACUGUUUUCUACUCUCACUAUUAGGUUGGUGUAUUGCGCACUAUAUGUUUUCUACUUUUACUAUUACGUUGGUGUUUUGCGCACUAUUUGUUUUCUACUUUCACUAUUAUGUUGGUAUUUUGGGCACUAUUUGUUUUCUACUUUCACCAAUAUGUUGCGCACUAUUUGUUUUCUACUCUUACUAAUACGUGGGUUUUUUGCGUACUUUUUGUUUUCUACUUUCACUAUUACGUUGGUGUAUUGCGCACUAUUUGAUUUCUACUUUGACUAUUACGUUGGUGUUUUGCGCACUAUUUUGUUUUCUACUUUAACUAUUACGUUGGUGUUUUGCGCACUAAUUGUUUUCUUCUUUAACUAUUACGUUGGUGUUUUGCGCACUAUUUUGUUUUUUACUUUAACUAUUACGUUGGUGUUUUGCGCACUAAUUGUUUUUUACUUUAACUAUUACGUUGGUGUUUUGCGCACUAUUUGUUUUCUACUUUAACUAUUACGUUGGUGUUUUGCGCACUAAUUGUUUUCUAUUUUAACUAUUACGUUGGUGUUUUGUGCACUAUUUGUUUUUUACUUUAACUAUUACGUUGGUGUUUUGCGCACUAUUUGUUUUCUACUUUAACUAUUACGUUGGUGUUUUGCGCACUAUUUGUUUUUUACUUUAACUAUUACGUUGGUGUUUUGCGCACUAAUUGUUUUCUACUUUAACUAUUACGUUGGUGUUUUGUGCACCAUUUGUUUUCUACUUUAACUAUUACGUUGGUGUUUUGCGCACUAAUUGUUUUUUACUUUAACUAUUACGUUGGUGUUUUGCGCACUAAUUGUUUUCUACUUUAACUAUUACGUUGGUGUUUUGUGCACCAUUUGUUUUCUUCUUUAACUAUUACGUUGGUGUUUUGCGCACUAAUUGUUUUCUACUUUAACUAUUAACGUUGGUGUUUUUACUACGUUGGUGUUUUUGGUGUUUUAACUAUUACGUUGGUGUUUUGCGCACUAUUUGUUUUUUACUUUCACUAUUACGUUGGUGUUUUGCGCACUAAUUGUUUUCUACUUUAACUAUUACGUUGGUGUUUUGCGCACUAUUUUGUUUUUUACUUUAACUAUUACGUUGGUGUUUUGUGCACUAUUUUGUUUUCUACUUUAACUAUUACGUUGGUGUUUUGUGCACUAUUUUGUUUUUUACUUUAACUAUUACGUUGGUGUUUUGUGCACUAUUUUGUUUUCUACUUUAACUAUUACGUUGGUGUUUUGUGCACUAUUUUGUUUUUUACUUUAACUAUUACGUUGGUGUUUUGUGCACUAUUUUGUUUUCUACUUUAACUAUUACGUUGGUGUUUUGUGCACUAUUUUGUUUUUUACUUUAACUAUUAUUUUUUUUUUUUACUUUAACUAUUACGUUGGUGUUUUGUGCACUAUUUUGUUUUCUACUUUAACUAUUACGUUGGUGUUUUGUGCACUAUUUUGUUUUUUACUUUAACUAUUACGUUGGUGUUUUGCGCACUAUUUUGUUUUUUACUUUAACUAUUACGUUGGUGUUUUGUGCACUAUUUGUUUUUUACUUUAACUAUUACGUUGGUGUUUUGCGCACUAUUUGUUUUUUACUUUAACUAUUACGUUGGUGUUUUGCGCACUAUUUUGUUUUUUACUUUUUAACUAUUACGUUGGUGUUUUUGCACUAAUUUUGUUUUUUACUUUAACUAUUACGUUGGUGUUUUUUGCACUAUUUUGUUUUUUACUUUAACUAUUACGUUGGUGUUUUUGUGCACUAUUUUGUUUUUUACUUUAACUAUUACGUUGGUGUUUUUGCACUAUUUUGUUUUUUACUUUUUUACGUUGGUGUUUAUUACUAUUUGGUGUUUUACGCACUACGUUUUGUUUUGUGCACUAUUUUGUUUUUUUACUUUUUUACGUUGGUGUUUUGCACUAUUUUGUUUUUUUUUUACCAUUACGUUGGUGUUUUGUGCACUAUUUUCUUUUUUACUUUAACUAUUACGUUGGUGUUUUGCGCACUAUUCUGUUUUUUACUUUAACUAUUACGUUGGUGUUUUGUGCACUAUUUUGUUUUCUUCUUUAACUAUUACGUUGGUGUUUUGCGCACUAUUUUGUUUUUUACUUUAACUAUUACGUUGGUGUUUUGCGCACUAUUUUGUUUUUUACUUUAACUAUUACGUUGGUGUUUUGCGCACUAUUUUGUUUUUACUUUAACUAUUUUGGUGUUUUUGCACUAUUUGUUUUCUACUUUAACUAUUACGUUGGUGUUUUUGCACUAUUUUGUUUUUACUUUAACUAUUACGUUGGUGUUUUGCGCACUAUUUUGUUUUUUUUACUUUAACUAUUACGUUGGUGUUUUUUCGCACGUUGGUGUUUUGCGCACUAUUUGUUUUUUACUUUAACUAUUACGUUGGUGUUUUGCGCACUAAUUGUUUUUUACUUUAACUAUUACGUUGGUGUUUUGCGCACUAUUUUGUUUUUUACUUUAACUAUUACGUUGGUGUUUUGCGCACUAAUUGUUUUCUACUUUAACUAUUACGUUGGUGUUUUGCGCACUAUUUUGUUUUCUACUUUAACUAUUACGUUGGUGUUUUGCGCACUAAUUGUUUUCUACUUUAACUAUUACGUUGGUGUUUUGCGCACUAUUUUGUUUUUGCUUUUACUAUUACGUUGGUGUUUUGCGCACUAUUUGUUUUUUACUUUAACUAUUACGUUGGUGUUUUGCGCACUAUUUUGUUUUCUACUUUAACUAUUACGUUGGUGUUUUGCGCACUAAUUGUUUUCUACUUUAACUAUUACGUUGGUGUUUUGCGCACUAAUUGUUUUCUACUUUAACUAUUACGUUGGUGUUUUGCGCACUAUUUUGUUUUCUACUUUAACUAUUACGUUGGUGUUUUGCGCACUAUUGUUUUUGUUUUUUACGUUGGUGUUUUUAUUUUGUUUAUUACGUUGGUGUUUUGCGCACUAUUUGUUUUCUACUUUAACUAUUACGUUGUUGGUGUUUUGCGCACUAUUUGUUUUCUAUUUUAACUAUUACGUUGGUGUUUUGCGCACUAAUUUUGUUUUUUACUUUAACUAUUACGUUGGUGUUUUGCGCACUAUUUGUUUUUUACUUUAACUAUUACGUUGGUGUUUUGCGCACUAUUUUGUUUUUACUUUAACUAUUACGUUGGUGUUUUGCGCACUAAUUGUUUUUACUUUAACUAUUACGUUGGUGUUUUGCGCACUACGUUGGUGUUUUGUUUUACUUUAACUAUUACGUUGGUGUUUUGCGCACUAUUUGUUUUUACUUUAACUAUUACGUUGGUGUUUUGCGCAUUUGUUUUCUACUUUAAAUUACGUUGGUGUUUUUUUUUUUUACUUUAACUAUUACGUUGGUGUUUUGCGCACUAUUUGUUUUUUACUUUAACUAUUACGUUGGUGUUUUUUUACUUUAACUAUUACGUUGGUGUUUUAACUAUUUGUUUUUACUUUAACUAUUACGUUGGUGUUUUGUGCACUAUUUGUUUUUUACUUUAACUAUUACGUUGGUGUUUUGCGCACUAUUUGUUUUCUACUUUAACUAUUACGUUGGUGUUUUGCGCACUAUUUGUUUUUUACUAAUUUUUUAACUAUUACGUUUGUUUUGCGCUAUUUUGUUUUUACUUUAACUAUUUAACUACUUUAACUAUUACGUUGGUGUUUUGCGCACUAAUUUGUUUUUUACUUUAACUAUUACGUUGGUGUUUUGCGCACUAUUUUGUUUUUACUUUAACUAUUACGUUGGUGUUUUGCGCACUAUUUUGUUUUUUACGCAUUACGUUGGUGUUUUUGCGCACUAUUUUGUUUUUUACUUUAACUAUUACGUUGGUGUUUUGCGCACUAAUUGUUUUUUACUUUAACUAUUACGUUGGUGUUUUGCGCACUAAUUGUUUUCUACUUUAACUAUUACGUUGGUGUUUUGCGCACUAAUUGUUUUCUACUUUAACUAUUACGUUGGUGUUUUGCGCACUAUUUUGUUUUUUACUUUAACUAUUACGUUGGUGUUUUGCGCAGUAAUUGUUUUUUGCUUUAACUAUUACGUUGGUGUUUUGCGCACUAUUUGUUUUUUACUUUAACUAUUACGUUGGUGUUUUGCGCACUUUUUGUUUUUUACUUUAACUAUUACGUUGGUGUUUUGCGCACCUUUUUGUUUUCUGCUUUAACUGUUACGUUGGUGUUUUGCGCACUUUUUUGUUUUCUGCUUUAACUAUUACGUUGGUGUUUUGCGCACUAUUUUGUUUUCUACUUUAACUAUUACGUUGGUGUUUUGCGCACUAUUUUGUUUUUUACUUUAACUAUUACGUUGGUGUUUUGCGCACUAAUUGUUUUCUACUUUAACUAUUACGUUGGUGUUUUGCGCACUAUUUUGUUUUCUACUUUAACUAUUACGUUGGUGUUUUGCGCACUAAUUGUUUUUUACUUUAACUAUUACGUUGGUGUUUUGCGCACUAUUUUGUUUUUACUUUAACUAUUACGUUGGUGUUUUGCGCACUAAUUGUUUUUUUACUUUAACUAUUACGUUGGUGUUUUUGCGCACUAAUUGUUUUUACUUUAACUAUUACGUUGGUGUUUUGCGCACUAAUUGUUUUCUACUUUAACUAUUACGUUGGUGUUUUGCGCACUACUUUUUGUUUUUACUAUUUUAACUAUUACGUUGGUGUUUUGCGCACUAUUUACUUUUUUUUGUUUUAACUAUUACGUUGGUGUUUUGCGCACUAAUUGUUUUUUACUUUAACUAUUACGUUGGUGUUUUGCGCACUAUUUUGUUUUCUGGUGUUUUAACUAUUACGUUGGUGUUUUGCGCACUAUUUUGUUUUUACUUUAACUAUUACGUUGGUGUUUUGCGCACUAAUUGUUUUCUACUUUAACUAUUACGUUGGUGUUUUGCGCACUAAUUGUUUUCUACUUUAACUAUUACGUUGGUGUUUUGCGCACUAAUUGUUUUCUACUUUAACUAUUACGUUGGUGUUUUGCGCACUAAUUGUUUUCUACUUUAACUAUUACGUUGGUGUUUUGCGCACUAAUUGUUUUCUACUUUAACUAUUACGUUGGUGUUUUGCGCACUAAUUGUUUUCUACUUUAACUAUUACGUUGGUGUUUUGCGCACUAAUUGUUUUCUACUUUAACUAUUACGUUGGUGUUUUUAAUUUUUUUCUAUUUUUUUUAACUAUUACGUUGGUGUUUUGCGCACUUUUAACUUUAACUAUUACGUUGGUGUUUUGCGCACUAUUUGUUUUUUACUUUAACUAUUACGUUGGUGUUUUGCGCACGUUGGUGUUUUGCUUUAACUAUUACGUUGGUUUUUUUUUACUUUAACUAUUACGUUGGUGUUUUGCGCACUUUUGUUUUCUGCUUUAACUAUUACGUUGGUGUUUUGCGCACUAUUUUUGUUUUCUACUUUAACUAUUACGUUGGUGUUUUGCGCACUAUUUUGUUUUUUUGUUUUUUUAACUAUUACGUUGGUGUUUUGCGCACUAAUUUUGUUUUUACGUUGGUGUUUUUAACUAUUACGUUGUGUUUUGCGCACUAUUUUGUUUUCUACUUUAACUAUUACGUUGGUGUUUUGCGCACUAAUUGUUUUUACUUUAACUAUUACGUUGGUGUUUUGCGCACUAUUUUUGUUUUUUACUUUAACUAUUACGUUGGUGUUUUGCGCACUAUUUUGUUUUUUACUUUAACUAUUACGUUGGUGUUUUGCGCAUUUGAUUUUGUUUUCUUCUUUAACUAUUACGUUGGUGUUUUGCGCACUAUUUUGUUUUCUACUUUAACUAUUACGUUGGUGUUUUGCGCACUAUUUUGUUUUUUACUUUAAGUAUUACGUUGGUGUUUUGCGCACUAAUUGUUUUUUACUUUAACUAUUACGUUGGUGUUUUGCGCACUAAUUGUUUUCUACUUUAACUAUUACGUUGGUGUUUUGCGCACUAAUUGUUUUCUACUUUAACUAUUACGUUGGUGUUUUUUUUUUUACUUUAAAUUGUUUUAUUGUUUUUAACUUUAACUAUUACGUUGGUGUUUUGCGCACUAAUUGUUUUCUACUUUAACUAUUACGUUGGUGUUUUGCACCAAUUGGUGUUUUCGCACUUUAACUAUUACGUUGGUGUUUUGCGCACUAAUUGUUUUCUACUUUAACUAUUACGUUGGUGUUUUGUGCACUAUUUUGUUUUUUACUUUAACUAUUACGUUGGUGUUUUGCGCACUAAUUGUUUUCUACUUUAACCAUUACGUUGGUGUUUUGCGCACUAAUUGUUUUCUAUUUUAACUAUUACGUUGGUGUUUUGCGCACUAAUUGUUUUCUACUUUAACUAUUACGUUGGUGUUUUGCGCAGUAAUUGUUUUCUACUUUAACUAUUACGUUGGUGUUUGGGCACUAAUUGUUUUCUACUUUAACUAUUACGUUGGUGUUUUGUGCACUAAUUGUUUUCUACUUUAACUAUUACGUUGGUGUUUUGCGCACUAAUUGUUUUCUACUUUAACUAUUACGUUGGUGUUUUGCGCACUAAUUGUUUUCUACUUUAACUAUUACGUUGGUGUUUUGCGCACUAUUUGUUUUCUACUUUAACUAUUACGUUGGUGUUUUGUGCACUAUUUGUUUUUUACUUUAACUAUUACGUUGGUGUUUUGCGCACUAAUUGUUUUCUACUUUAACUAUUACGUUGGUGUUUUGCGCACUAAUUGUUUUCUACUUUAACUAUUACGUUGGUGUUUUGCGCACUAUUUGUUUUCUACUUUAACUAUUACGUUGGUGUUUUGCGUACUAUUUGUUUUCUACUUUAACUAUUACGUUGGUGUUUUGCGCACUAUUUUGUUUUCUACUUUAACUAUUACGUUGGUGUUUUGCGCACUAUUUUGUUUUCUACUUUCACUAUUACGUUGGUGUUUUGCGCACUAUUUUGUUUUCUACUUUCACUAUUACGUUGGUGUUUUGCGCACUAUUUUUUUUCUACUUUCACUAUUACGUUGGUGUUUUGCGCACCAUUUGUUUUCUACUUUUACUAUUACGUGGAUAUGUUGCGCACUAUUUGUUUUCUACUUUCACUAUUACGUUGAUGCGUUGCGCACUAUUUAUUUUCUAGUUUGUUUGACUAUUACGUUGGUAUGUUACACACUCUUUAUUUUGUGGUUUGUUCAACUUUUACGUUGGCAUGUUGUGCUCUAUUUGUUUUGUAGUUUGUUUAACUAUUACGUUACGUUUUCUGCACUAUUUUGUUUUGUAAUUUGUUGAAAUAUUACGUAUGUAUGUAGUGCACUAUUUAUUUUCUAGUUUCUGUAACUGUUACGUUGGCAUGUUGCGCACUAUUUGUUUUCUGUUUUUUUUAACUUUUACUUUAAUGUGUUUCGCACUAUUUGUUUUCUAGUUGAUUUAACUAUUACGUUGCCAUGUUGCGCACUAUUUUUUUUCUAGUUUUUUUUUAACUACUACGCUAGGAUGUUGCGCGCUAUUUCUUUUCUAGUUUGUUUAUUUGUUACGUUGCCAUGUUGCGCACUAUUUGUUUGCUUGUUUCUUAACUAUUACGUUGGUGUGUUGUGCACUAUUUUUUUCUAGUUGGUUUAACGAUUACGUUGGCAUUUUGCCCUCUAUUUAUUUUUUAGUUUGUUUAAUUGUUACGUUGGCAUGUUGCGCACUAUUUGUUUUCAAUUUUUUUAACUGUUACGUUGGCGGGUUGCGCACUAUUUAUUUUCUAGUUUGCUUAACUAUUACGUUGGCAUGUUGUGCACUAUUUGUUUUCUAGUUUUUUAAUUAUUACGUUGUCAUGUUGUGCACUAGUUGUUUGUUCUCUGGUUUCUUUCACUGUUACGUUGGCAUCUCGUGCACCAUUUGUUUUCUGGUUUGUUUAAUUGUUACGUUGGUAUCUCGCGCACUAUUUGUUCUCGGGUUUGUUUGACUGUUACAUUGGUAUCUCGCGCACUAUUUGUUUUCUGGGUUGUUUGACUGUUACGUUGGCACCUCGCGCACUAUUUGUAUCCUGGUUUGUAUGUGUAUUACGUUGGCAUCUGGUGCACUAUUUUUUUUUUUGGUUUGUUUAACUGUUACGUUGGUAUCUCGCGCACUAUGUUUUUUCUGGUUUGUUUGACUGUUACGUUGGUAUCUCGGGCACUAUUUUUUCUCCGGUUUUUCGAACCGUUACGUUGGUAUCUUGCGCAGUGUUUGUUUUCUGGUUGGUUUGACUGUUACGUUGGUGUCUCGCCCACUAUUUUUUUUCUGGUUUGUUUGACUGUUACGUUGGUAUCUCGUGCACUAUUUGUUCUCUGGUUUUUUUUUUUUUUUUUUUUUUUUUUUUUUUUUUUUUUUUUUUUUUUUUUUUUACAUAACAUGAUACUUACAUUAACUACAUUAAGGUUCCUUUCACGGGACUCUCUACGCACAUUGCGUUACACUACUUACAGUACUCUUAAGAUACAAUUAAUAUUUAUGCUACGUACAUUGUUCUACUUAUACUACGUACAAUGUGAUAAUGCACACAUAUUUAGAGGCACACCAUUUACACACAAAAAAGAGAAACUCUCUUGGCAGCACUGUACAAAAAUUAUUAGAAAACAGUAUGGAGAAUAUGCAUACUGAUGCAAGGGCGUAAAAGGUUUAUGCCUUCCACUCUUCAGUGCUAUCUUUUUAUUCUUGGAAUCUUAUUCUUAACUUAAUUCAUGCUAUAAAUUUUCCCUCUUCUCUUCAGGUGAUGGGCAAAGCGCGUGAGGAACAUAACCGCGGCCCAGCUAAUCCGCAACUAACAUCAGAGUAUAAUCUGUGGGAGGAGCACUGGGUCAGGCAAGUGUCUUAAACAAUUUAAUCAGAAUGGAGCCUCUGAGCUUUCGAUGUGGAAGUUCCAUGCGUUACCUCCUGUAAUAAGCGGAGAAAGGUUUUGGUUAGGGGUGUUAUUCUAAGUGUGAUCUGCCCAUAAAUUUUCCGCGUAAGUCAAUGCAGUUAGAAACAAGGAAGGUAAUGAGAACUCGCCUUUUGAUUACCUAUGGAGGUUCUGAAUAAUGUUGAAACAGAGUAGUGACUUUCCGCAAACCACGACGGCGAAUUGUUCACAUAUCUCUUUUGGAACCCAGCACUGCCCUCAAAAGUUAUUUUGAAGUCUGGCGCUGUGAGAGGCGGUUAAUGAAUCCAGUCAUUUGCAAAAUUUUAAAGAAAAAUAUAAAUUGGUUUUUUCAAUUGACGUGUCCUAAGCAUUGCCACUCGGGCCCUAUUCUCACAUGUUAAUCGAAAUUAGUGUACAGACACUGGUAAAUGUUCUUAUUUGUUGAUAUAUUUCGUCUCAUCUUUUUCAGUUGUUCUAAAGAGCUCGGUCAAUGGGAUUUGCUGAUGGAGUUCGGAAAGACUAAGGGCCACACUAAUCCUUUCCUGGGUACGAUCGUGAAAAUUUUCCUACUUCAUUUGUUGAUUUUCUUUUUAUGAUAAUGUGUGUUACUUUCUCUGAUCGUUUCUCUGAUAUUUCUUGUUAUUUUAGUUCUAGAGAGUGCAUGGAGAGUCCCUGAGUGGCAAUCAAUGAAAGAAGCUCUUGCACAGGUAAUUUUUGAACAACUAUAAGCUCCAAAAGAAUAUUUCCACUAUUUUAUCAGUAUUUGAUUUCCACGUGUCUUCCUAUGGCUUUUCAGGUUGAAGUCAACUUCCCGGAAUCAAUCGCGUACAAGUUGAACUUAUAUCGAGGUUACAUAGCCAUUUGCCAUCCGGAUGAACAACACCUUAACAUGGUUUGUGUCACAAUUGCGUUUGAUAUUCUAUUUUUUUACACGCUGCCAGCGGUUUGUUCUACUCGUGAUAUGAAGCGAAAGUUAUGAGCAUGACGGGAGAGGAACGAGUGGAGAUUGGGUCUCGAAUCAGUCUCUCCUCGUUCAUAUUAACACUACCAUAAUCGCUCUUUUCCAACCAAUCGAAGCAUCUGUUAUAUCUGCAUGUUAUGACUGUCUCUUCUAACCAAAUGCUGUUUUAAUCCUCCGCGACAUAGGUCGACAAACUUGUAGAGCAUUCCACAACUCAAGCAAUUCGCCAGUGGAGACGCUUACCUCCGAUUAUUUCACAGCAACACAUUCCACUCCUACAGGUGAGCUUCUCUGAUUGUUUCGUUUUCAUGUUUUAAGCCUUUGACCCCUACAUGUAAGAGUGACUAGCAUCUAAAUGUUAUAGAGAACAGUAUUGAAAAUAUGCAUAGUGAUCUUAGGGUGUAAAGGGUAAACAAACGCCCACACUUUCAUAGGCGCAAAAACAUAUGUCGCGGAUGUGAAGAGCUGGACGAAACGCGCUUACGUCGGCGUACGAUCGGUUCUAUUCUGCAGCGGUCUUUAAAACGAAAAAACUGUUUUUCUUACAUUUAUCCUUUUUUUUCUGUUCUUUUUUUUUUAUUUACUUACCAGCCAAUCGCCUGGUUUCUAUUUAAUCUCUCUUUUGUAAGCUUUGCCAUGUUUUUUUUUCUGUGACAAAUUCUAUCUUUUCAAUGCUCUCUCGCCCUCUCCAAAAAUAGUUCACACGAAUGCUCCUUUGCUCCAAGGGGGUCGUUAUCGAUUCUACUGAAUUUUUCUUUGGACGUUUUGUUGAUUACUGUUGCUGUUAAUUCCAGGCGGCGCAACAAAUUAUGGAGCUUCAAGAAGCUGCUCAGAUUCACACGGGUCUACAACCGCCGAAUGUUGGACGAUCGACUAGUUUACAUGAUAUGAAGGCUAUUGUGAAAACAUGGCGGUGAGAAGCUUCUCCUUCCAAUAUAUUUAUCCACAACUGUUUUUAUAAUACAGCGAGUAAACUCGUUUAUUAAAUUCAAAUCGUCAUUCGUCAAGCGUCAUAUUCCCAUUGUUCGAGCUGACGACGGGUGUAUGCGCAUUGAAAUAAAGCAGCGGAAACUGCUCUUGAUACAACAUAGCACAACGGCGUCGACAUAGUUUUUUAAAAAAUUUGUUCGUUUGUAAGCUCUUUGUUAAUCAAGAUGUGAAGAUGGGAAGUUUGGAAAGCACCAAGCUAUUAGCUACGUCUCGAGCAAUUCUAACACUACUAGUAUUUUCAGUUAUUAUUGAAUGAAGCAGCAAGUGAAAUAAAAAAGACUGAUUAACCUUUGCCUACAUUCAACAACGUUAAAAUUCUUUAAACUUUUAGUAAUCGCCUCCCCAUGCCGUCGGACAAUUUAUCUCACUGGAGUGACAUCUUUAUGUGGAGACAUCAUCACUAUCAGGCAAUUGUAGCAGCUUAUGAAAGUCAAGCGCAACAUGAACAGGUAUGUCUUUCUUAUCUGCAAAUAUCUACUUGGCUUACGAUGUUUGCUCUACUAAUUCUGUUGUCUCUUCUGUUGUCUUUUCAUAAAGGAUUUAAGAGUAAUUUAAACCAGCUCUUGUUAAGUCAAUGUCCUUCGUAAUCGUUAGCAGACUCCCUGGUAAGCUUCCUAGGAAUGCGGAAACUCCCCUUUUCCCUUCAAACCCCCCCCCCCCCCUCCCACCUUUACUACCCAGGUCAGGUUGAGCAUUUGCUCUAUAAGUGACCGUACUUUUUUUCUGUCAAGCAGCAAAGUAACCACUCCAUGCUUGGUGUCCACGCCUCCGCUUGGGCCAUCAUUCAUUAUGGUUACAUAGCUAGGAAACAAGGCCUCACUGGAGUGUGUUUGGACUCGCUCAGCAGGUUGGUAGUAGCACACUUAAUGCAAUUUAAUAUCACUCUAAACUUGCCGCUGACCUCUAUUCAUGUGUGUUACAGGAUUCACACUAUUCCCAGUGUUCCUAUCGUGGAUUGUUUCCAGAAGAUUAGACAGCAGGUGAAGUGUUAUCUGCAGAUGGCUGGCGGAAUGGGAAAACAAGAGUUGCAAGAGGUGAGUGGAAUAGAGGAGCUACAACGGAAGAAAAUUGUUAUCUUUUUCACAGGUUGGUGAGCCAAACUAACGCAACGGUCCAACGUCGGGUGUACGCAAGGGAUCAGUUUUGGCCGGCUGCGUGCAAUUUUUUGCAAAAAAAUUAAUAGGACAACAUAAGAAAAACUGCUAUCUCACAGAAUAAGAGAAAAGAAAUUGAAUUGUUUAUGAAAAUCUGUAAAAGGAAACAAAGGUAAGGAAAAGGAAAACUCGAGACUUUUCGAACACAAAGAUUUUUCAAGGAGGGUUUUUACGCUAAUUUACGUUUUUACUUUGAGCUCUACUGAAAACGUUAUACGCCUCUAUAACACCGUGAGGCAACUUAGUUAUAACUGCCUCAAAGCACGCCAUCUCAUUAUAACAACGUUCGCUCAUGCGCAGGCGUUUGGCUGCUCUCUUAGUUAAACCAUAGGUGAGGUUCCUCAUUAUGAAUUCGGAAAAUUAGACUAAACUAAUGCUGUUUUUUUGUCAAUCUUACAGGGCCUGGAGGUCAUCGAGUCUACAAAUCUGAAAUACUUUUCCAAGGAAAUGACUGCAGAGUUCUUUGCUCUUAAAGGAAUGUUCCUCGCUUACAUUGGAAGGUAAAUUGAAAGCAGAGAGAACACGACGAAAGAGGGACAAAACGAAAAACAGGGGCAAAUUGUCGCCUUAGAUUGCUUUGAGUGUCUUAAACCAAGCCGAAGCAAUUCCAUCAGCCAAUCAUAGGAAGGAAAAUAUCACGAGCAGCUUAAGUUAACUCGAAGUAAAAACAAGCAACCUGCAUGGAGCGCGGGAAAACGCGAGUGACCAAGUUGCUAUUGGGUUUAGUUUUGAAUUUUAUUGGCUGAAAAAGUGGCGCGAGUUUUUUGGAACAAUCACAUAACGAAAUAAAGCAAAUGCAAAGCAAUCCUAAACUGCCUUGGACACUCAAGUUACGUCAAUCAGUACAAUCAGUACAAUAAUCAGUAUAGUACUACUUUGUUUAGCGUCCAACAGGAAAUGCGAAGAUCAGAUAUUUUAUUGCCGAUAGUUGCCGACCUUUUGAAGCACUUUUAUUUCCUCUGCUUAGGGUAAAUUAGUUUUAUUUUAAUGUGUUUGUAGGUCAGAAGAUGCUAACAAAGCUUUCUCGCAAGCGGUUCAGAUGCAGGACUCGCUUGUGAAAGCCUGGGCACUAUGGGGUGACUACCUUGAUGGUCUUUUUGUUCUAGAGAGGUAAGAAAAUACCCUUCUUUUCUCUUACAUCACCCACACAUUUGAGUAUUUGUGAUGACUAUACCAGCCAGAAAACGAUAAUUACAGUGUGGGUCUCGUUUUUAACUCCACUACUUUAGAUUAUAGCGGAGCGCGCGCGCAUCGAAGCGCCAUACCUAUACGUUUUAUGUAUAAGGCCACAUAUAUAAAUUUGUAUUAAUUUGAUACUUGUUUUCUAUGCUUCACUUUAUUUUUCCUUAUGUGAUUACAGGAACAUACAGCUUGGUGUAUCCGCCAUUGUUUGUUAUCUUCACGCCUGCAGACACCAAAACGAGGCCAAGUGUCGGAAGUAUUUGGCGCGAACAAUUUGGUUGAUGACGUAUGAUGACGAAAAGGUCUGGUAACGAGAUAUUUGCAGCUUAAUCACAACAGCAACAAGAUUCUCAUUGCUUAUCUGUAGCCCUAUUUUAGCUCGAACAGCACAUUUUAAGCGUCAUGCCCGUGUUAUUAGACAGUAUGUGCCGUUCAGUUGUACGCGUAAUUAUAUAGACUGUGGGGUCCGUUUUCUCGUGGAUAAAAACAACUUUUUUAUACAUUGAUACGUCUUACCGAGGAGUUAAGAGGGUAAGUCUCCAAAAGAAACUUUGGUGCUGCGUCGGCGGAAAGUAAACUACGAUAAUUUGGUUUAGUCAAAUGAGUUGAUAAAGGAAAUUGGCCACCGUAGACAGUUUUUAAAGCUGACGUCAGUGAUGAUAAAAGCUCACCGAUUUAUGUUUAUAGGGCUCGAUCGCUGAAGCAGUUGACAAAUAUUGUGUCGGUGUCCCCCCGGUUCACUGGCUACCCUGGUAAGUUACGCCAAGUAACGUCUCUUGUCCGUUUGUUUCGUCUGAAACAUGCGUAGUGAAUAAUUCGUCAUAUGUUUCUUUGGUGCUCAGGAUUCCACAGCUGCUCACGUGUUUGGUUCGACGUGAAGGUCAAAAGAUAUUAAAUCUUUUGUGUAAUAUUGGUCGAGUCCAUCCUCAGGUUAGUAAAUGAAAGUAGUUCACUUCUCUUUCGUCUUUCUUUUUUUCAGUUUGCUUUGAUUUGUUCUUUUUACACGUUGAUUGUGUCUGCGCCUCACUAGCCUGACGAUCUGGAUGGAAUAUCAGUUUUGUACGUUAUUUAUUGAACGAUAUCUUAUUUUCAGGCCAUGUACUUUCCAAUUAGAACCUUGUAUCUUACCUGCAAGAUUGAGCAACGGGAGAGACGUAAGUGUUCUUAAUUAGUACCUUAAUCGGUUGGUUUUCGAGUAACAGGAGCAUAUAAGAAAACAAAAAAACAUAUAACUCUAUCAAAAAUGGUGCGUUUCGUUGUUAUUCUUUGAUGUUCAUUUAUAUGCGCCUUCUCGGCCCCGUCUACAAGUGUACGAACAAUAUUUUCCCUCAUAGCUGAGGCGAAGACGGCUCAUUUAAGUACCUGUAAAAUGAGCUUAAUCAUCCGUACCAGUGAGAGUUUGUUAGUCAACCACUCACCUCUGAGAACAAUCGUGGAUAAGCUUACAGCAGAAGCCAUGUCAUAAGCUUGUACUUACAGUGCAUUCGAUACUCCUGCGCCUCCAACGUAUAUCUGCUCAUCGCUGAUGCAUGUCUCCAACCUUUGACCACAGUUGCAUUUUACGUCGUUUUUCUUUCCGCACUCACUUUGGUUCGUUGCCUGAGGCAUAUUUCCCGGUUUCAUUGCGGACGACAUGUUUUAGCAACCUUGUCUUUUAGGUGCUUUAUUGAAUCGAAGUUCGCAUGGAUUCUAACUUACAAAAUUUAACAGAGAGUAGAUUCUUAAAUGAUUUGAGAAAUAUUAUAUUUCACUCCUAGUUAAAAAAAUUCUUAAGCUUUUGUAACCUCUUGCUAUUAUUUUUAAAUCUGCUGCUUCACUUCUGUUGAAAUCCCAGAUAAAAUGGAGGCAGCGAACAUAACAACCCAGCGGUCUUCUACUUCAGGCAGCAACAGUACCGCCUCCUCAGAAUCACAAAACGCGUCUUCAGCUACCCCUAAAACCAGUGCAACCGGUUCAGAAACAGGACAGACUGGUACCACAGCCUUGUCAACGAGUAAAAGUGCUGGUUCAACGCCAACAAGCGCUGCACCAGGUAUUAACUUGUUUUCCACUUCAUUGUCAGAUGUUACUUGACGUAUGUAAACGGAAAGACACUUUUGGGUGUUGCUUGUUUCUGUUUAGUCUAAAGGACGAGACGAGUGAUUUUAUUAAUUGUUAACAUUUAUUUUUUACAGAAAAUGCGGCAAGUUCAACAGCCACACCGGUUUGUAGAUCAUUAAAUUUAUUCUUAUGAAACCUCUGAUCGUACUCUCUUCAAGCUUUUCGAAUUGUGUUACAUGUCGUCUUUUGUUUGGUUCAUUUCAGACAACGCCAUCAACACCCACCCCGAUGCCUACAACAACUACCUCUGAACAGGCUACAGCUUCGACUGCAGGCUCAGCGACCACUUCUACAACUGCUGGCUCCACGACACCAACUACAGGUACCCCACAGGGGACUCGUAAAAACAAGAACCUGAAAGGGGGGGGGGGGAAAUACCAAAAGAAAGAAAAGGUUGCAUUAGAAUAUCCAUCAGAAGUUAGUUAUUGUCAGUAGCCUUCCCCUAUGUACCAAAAGAUCUUUGUUGUAUAAAAUUUUAAUGUACAUCUCUUGGUUUUCAGCUUCAACACCAACUAGCAGUCAUAGUGACCCAGGGGCGAUAAGAGCCACAGCCCAGAUGUGGCGCUGUAGUAAGAUAAUGCACUUUUUGAGGGAUCUACAUCCAACUCUCCUCUCAGCCCUCGAAGGAGUAGUAGAUCAGGUACAUAUUCAUGUCGUAAAAUUAUACACUAUUGUAAGGGAUCUUCUUCCAACCCUCCUCUCGGCCCUAGAAAGAGUAGUCGUUUGGAUACAUGUGCCUAUUCUGCGAUUGUGCACUUUUUGAGCCACUUUCAUCCAACUCUACUCCCAGCCCGUGAAGUGGUAGUCAAUUAGGUACAUUAACAUGCACUAAGAUUAUGCACCUUUUGUUAUAAAGUUAUGCAUCUUUUGGGAGACCACAUUCUUACUCUCACUCCUUGAUGAGGUUGUCGAUCGGUCCAUGUACAUGGGUUUUUGAAGCUGAAAAGUUUGUUUUUUGUCGGCAGAUGGUUUGGUUCCGUGAAGGUUGGCCUGAGGAAGUAUUAAGGCAGCUGCGCCAGGGACUCAUAAAGUGUUAUCAAGUCGCGUUUGAAACAAGAAGCGACGGUAAGUUUCUCAGGCUCCUUCAUUUUCUGAAACGAUGGGAACAAAUACCCUUUAAUCAGUUGGACGCCUGCACUAAAGAUUGGAAUUUCUGAUGAAGCAGACUUCGGUCAUUAUUUGUUUAUUUGCUUUGGUUUGAGUUAUUAAAACAAUUUCGAUCUUCCAACAGUUGCAGCUGCCCGAAUCACACCACACACACUGAGCUUUGUGAAGAAAUUAGUCAGCACAUUCGGAAUCGGAUUUGAAUCGGCCUCGAGUGUAUCAAGCACUUUUUCAUCAGCUGCAUCUGAGUCCUUGGCGAGAAGGGCCCAAGCCACGGCUCAAGAUCCAGUAUUUCAGAGGCUGAAGGAACAGUUCGCUGUUGAUUUCGACUUCACGUAAGUAGUGAGAAAAAUAAAUACAUUCUCGUCCUAGGGGACACCUAGUUUAACUUAAUGUCCAAGCUUUUAGUGUUGGACGCUAUUGAACAUGAUGAUGAUUCAAGCUUGAAACUGUUUUGAUUUUUACUUACUUUUGAAGAGGAUAACAACUGAGACUGUUAACGUCCAGAUAUUUUAGAGUGUAUGUAGUAUCAAGUCAUAUUUUUAAAUCUUACAGUCAACCAGGGUCCAUGGUUCUUCACACUUUGAUCGGUAAACUGAAGAAAUGGAUCAAGACUCUGGAAGAAAGAGCAAAACUUCUCCCAAGGUAAGACACAUUUGUCUCGAGUUUGAGAAACAACCCAGUAAUGUUGCAUGCAUUUUAAGCUUUUUUCAUAUAGAUGUGGGACAAUGUACGUAUUUGCUUAUGUAUGUUAGUGUGUGUUGUAUGAGGUACACUCAGGGACAAGCUAAAAGUAGUUAUCAAGCUAAGCGUGAACCUCUCUGUCUCUUUGUAGCUCAUUCCUUUUGGAGGAGAGAUGUCGAUUCCUCAGUAAUUUCACGACCUCUACAGCAGAAGUGGAGCUUCCUGGCGAGUUUUUGAUGCCCAAGCUCAACACGGUUAGUUGAAAAGAGAAAUCUACCCUUUUCGCUCUCUUUUGAAUAGAAAUUCAGCCAGUUGGCUCGAUAGAGCAACUUGUUUUAAUGACACAGCGCUCAAGUUAGUAAAUAAGUUUUGAAUGUCUAUGUUUUAAUUUCUUUUCAGCAUAGUCCAUACUAUAUUAGGAUCGCUCGCUUUAUGCCGCGGGUUGAGCUCGUUCAAAAGCACAACUUUUCUGCUCGGCGCCUUUACAUCCGGGGUAAUAAUGGCAAGGUAUGACCAUAUAUGGUAUUAUAAUGCUUAUCCGUGAAACGUGGAAUUAAAAGAAGUACACUUUUUUACCUAGAACUUAAAUCAGUGUAAUGUUUGUGCUACUUUCUUACUUUUUUAAAGUUUGAAUUGUGUUUUACCUUUCAGAUCUAUCCAUACCUGGUAGUGAACGAUGCGUGCAUGACGGAAUCGAGAAGGGAGGAGAGAAUCCUUCAACUGUUGAGGCUCCUAAAUCUUUAUUUAGAGAAGAGAAAGGUACAAGAGAUGAAGUUUUAGAGAAGACAUACAACUUUUGUUUCUACAAAAAGAGUAACGACACAGAAAGGUUCUUCUCAUUUCCUCAAACAAGGGAAAUACCUCUUCUGUAUCCCAUGGUCCUUUCACGUGACUCAACUGCCUCGUUCUCUUGCGGGUUUUUUUUUUUUUUUUUUUUUUCGGUAGAAUCGUUACAUGCUUUGAACACGGCUAAAAAUCUCUCCAACGUUUAUUACUGUAAUACAUACUUAAUAGAUUUGAUUUUUGUUCGUUUAGGAGUCCUGCAAAAGACACCUGUUAUUUACGGUACCGCGUGUUGUAGCUGUAUCACCUCAAAUGCGACUCAUCGAGGUAAGUCACGCGAUGUUAUGAUUAGCCACGCGUUAUGGUUUAUCAGUCAUGCAUUGCUGUAAAGUUGUUCUGCUCCAUGUCUCGUUUACUUCAUUCUUCUUUAUGUUAAUCAGUUUCAAAAUCUUUUUUAGGACAAUCCGUCUUUCAUUUCUCUAAGGGAGAUCCUAACUGACGUAAGUAGCCAUUUUCCAGCACUUCUCUGUUUCCCCACCAGACUCCUCCUAUUUACCCAUUAUUUUUCUUCGUAGCGUUGUGACAAGAAACACGUGGAGUCUGACGCACCAAUCGCGUUGUAUUACGAGCGCCUCGCUUCUGUCCAGUCACGUGGUUGUCAGGUGACUCACCAGGUUUUAAAGGACAUUCUCAGAGAGGUGCAGCUCACACUGGUGCCAGAAGUCCUUCUCAAAGAAUGGGCCCAGUACACGUAUCAGGAUCCCUCUGAUUAUUGGACCUUCAGGAAACAGGUACGUGAAGACCUCUCACUGGUCUUUGCUCAAUUAAAUAACCGAGUAAACUAAAUGUUAGUUUUCUUUUCUUGUAGCUUUGCAUUCAACUCGCUCUCUCUGGUUUUGCUGAGUUCACUCUGCAUCUUACAAGACUGGGACCAGAAAUGCUUCAAAUUGCGCAGGACUCGGGCCGACUAACUGUCUCUUACAGCCGCUUUGAGCUGGACGACACAAAAGGUAGACAUCAAUCUUUGGUAAACCUUUUUGUGAAUAAAAUUUUGCAGGACUGAGUUGUGCUUUCGUUUCUUUUGUACCCAAGGCGAACUGGACGCGAACCGUCCCGUACCUUUCCGACUAACUCCGAACAUUGCCGAGUUCGUUACGCCGGUGGGUGUGAAUGGAGUGAUGACGGCAGCGAUGGUGUCAGCGGCGCGGUGUUUAGCUGAGCCUCAUUUCAGUGUUCAGAGUAUCUUGAAAGCUGUGUUGCGAGACGAGAUUAUUGCUUGGCAUAAAAAGGUCGGUAAACGUUCCCUCCGCUGCUUUGAAUUAAAAAGUAGAGUUUAAGUUUAUCCCGCCUUUAACGACGUCCAUAGCCAGCUACUUAAAUAUCGGGGGAGAGGGGGUGGGGCGGGCGAAUGAUGGACGUCUUUGAAAUAUUGGGUGGUUGGGUUGUGCCACUUAGUUUUCCAAAUCCUGACUUUCUUUCAGACAAAAGAAUGUAAUUCCCACAUCCUUUUUUAGACUCCUGGCCUUGUAAAUCCAUACCCGUUUUCGAAUCUGGCCAUAAAAAGUUCUACUUGGUUUGUGUAUCUCUUCUGCUUGGUUUUAGAGUUUUAAGUAAAUGUAACACACUUGCUUCUAAUUGCAGGAACAAGACGAGGCCCACACCUUUCCCCUGAGUAACCCACCGACUGAUAUGGACAGCGAGCUGUUAAUUACACUGGUGAACGCAGCUGUAAAGGCCAUUACCACCAGACUACAGAGUAAGUCAAAGUAUCCUGCAGGAUCAGCACGAAAAGUUUCAUCUUAAUUUAUACCACAGUAAAAAUCGAAGUCUUUGGUCACUUAUCUGCUGAUACCACAAAUUAAUAACUGUUUAACGCAUGAUUAUCAUUCAUUUACUUCGUAGACUUGGCACAAUACGAGGGAGGGGAGACUAAGGUGACAACUCUGAUAGCAGCGGCCACUAGCCCGGAUAAUUUAUGCCGCAUGGAUCCAGCAUGGCACCCGUGGCUCUAGAACACUUUAUCCUUCUAGUCCAUGGCGAAAAAGGAAAAAGGCAUAUACGGUUGUGAUUUCAGUUUAUCAGGAGUAAUAUUUAAGAACAUUUCCUCAGAAUUUUCUUGUUUCUCUGAACACCUCAGAGAUGUUUUGUCCUUAUUAACAGUAACCAUUCGGUUUCAAGGCAUUUUCUGGUCAAAAUGCUCACUUAGUUUUCACGUCAUUGUUUCUUCAAAAACUUCGCUUUCCACAUUAGAUUUGUGUCUGAGCAGCAAGGUUUGUAUUGAUCAUACAUAUUUAUUUUAGUUCGGUAAAAUUUUUAUAGUUACGUUCAACUGCUCUGACUGAAUAACUUAACACCCUUAACUACAUAGAGAUCUCAUGUAUUAACUUUAGCAUGACAGUCGAAUUGUCCAAGAAAUAACAUGGAAUCACGCAAAAGUUGUGCAAAAGUUGUCCAAAAGUUGUGAAGAAGACUAAUUAUUAGUAGCUUAUCUCAGGUUAGGCUCUUGCAAAUCAUGUAGAAGCAGUAUUGUAAUUUAUUUUCUAUUGUGUUUUUAUUACAUUCAUUUAAAAAAAGCGUUAAGAAAGUCAAUGUAAGUGCACAUGUAUGUGUAUAAAUACUUCAAUAAAUUAGUGACCUUGUAUUUAAUUUCUUGUGUAAUGGGGUGUAAGAAAUAUUUAUGAAUAGCUUUUUUUUGGUCUUACAACAGUUACUUGUGCUUACAGUAAAUGCUCUAAUAAGCCCCUCCUAAAAGGUUGUGUAAGACCCCCUCUCUAAUAGGCACCCUACUUUAAAAAGCCCUCUCUAAUACACCCC